CCUCAGUCUGAGGAGGUGAAGCUGGUCACGUGGGGUGGGGUGAAGCAAGAUGGCGGCCAGGAGCCAGAAAGAUGCAGCAUGAUUACCAUCUAGUCCCAUUCAGUAAGUGAGUUUCUCCCUGCUGGCGAAAUCCCUGCAUAUUAUUAUUAUUAUUUUUUUUUUCUCUUUUCUUCCCUUCCUGCAGAUCACAUUCUCUUUGCUCUAUGAAAACCAAGACAUUUCUCCACCUCCUUUUUAUUUUUGUUUUGUUUUACCUCCAUACAGAGGGAUCUCCUCCCCUCACUCCCCCCCUGGUAGUGGAUCUGUCACCUGGGAAUGAUUUAUGAGCUGCUGAUCUCCUGCUUUAACUUUUAUCUUUGCAGUGAUUCUCAUCCCAAUUUGAGGCAAAUCAAUGCAGUGAUCCUGGGAGGCAAGGGUUUCUAUAUACAGCUGCAGUUACAUAUAAACCCAGAGGACUAGCUAUGGCUCUCACAGUAUUUGGUAAGUUUAAAACCAUGCUCAAUCAUCAUCAUCAUUAUUAUUAUUAUUAUUUGCCUCUGCUUUCUAUAGGGAUUGCUCAAAAUGCAUGCUUUAUUUUUUACAAGGAGGCUGCCUUUUUCAUGCUUUAAAUUAAUCCCUAUCCAUUGUUUAAUCCCUAUCCAUUGUUUCUCAAUCCUUAUCCAUUUGAUCAUCAUUACAGUGCAGCAAUAAAAAUGUGACACAUUAUUCAGAUAUUUUCUGUGUGUAAAUAAAAAAAAAUUACAAAAAUUCAGUGCAGUAAAAUGUCUGUGCAUACUUAGCUUUGUCAUUACUGGGCUGCUAGUAAUUGCUGGUGCUAAAUAGCUUAUGAUCCAUAUGUUGGUGCUUAUAGUAUGUUUAUGUUGACAGUUUUUGCCAUGUUGCAUCUGAAAGUUUUAGUAAUUAACCCUUGAAGGCCAGGCACUUGUAAUAAUCUUCAGCACUCUACUGCCCAAAUAGCUGUUUACAUUUUUUGUUAUUGAUUGUGUUGGGGGGAUGGACCUCUGUUAAGCCCGCAAUGGUGAAUAAAUGGUUAAAUGUUGCUUAUCCAUGUUGACUAGAUCUUUCUUUGAUUUUUAAUUAAGAACUUAGAUGACUAAUUCAUAAUGCCAAGAUAUUUUUUUUCCCGUUAACGGGCUGAAUUUUAUUAUAAGAGACAAACUUAAUUCUGUUAACUGAAAAACAGCUCCUAUUUACAUAUGUCCACAACUUGCUAUUUAAACGAGAGUUUUGUCUCCCAUUAUUUAAUCUAGUCCUUAGUACAAUGAAAAAAAAUGCUUUAAUAACAUAUAAGGAUGCUGGUGAUAACUUAUUGAUAACCGUGCAUUUCAGUGUGCUGCUUGAAAAUACAUGAUUGUAUAUUCCAACACUAGACAGUAAAAUGUUAGGGCUGAGUACAUUUUAAAUAAUUUAUGCAGAUAUGUGAGAUGUUAAAUGGAGCAAUGACAUAACUCAUAAAACGCAAACAGUAUAUCUAAAAAAACAGUGUCAUGGCAAUUCGGAUAGAAAAGGAAGAAGCUAAAUUUAUCCUUUGUUGUCGGACACUGAAAGGGCAGGCUUAUAGCUCUACUAAUAUUUGCAAAUCAUUUUUUUUUUUUUAUAAACUGUGUUUAGGGACACUGUGACACAGGGCCUCCUUGCAACUUAUGCAAUGAGAAGAGGUUAUAAAGUAUCUUAGUGUCCCUUUUAAGGUAAAGGGACACUCCUGGCACCUUCGGUACAAGCAUGUAGCUGAAAAAGUUUUUUUUGUUUGUUUUGGUUUUUUUUUUAGGUUUUUUUUUUUACGUGGAGCCAAAACAAAAAAUGAAAGAAUAAACAAUAUGCAAUUGUUUACUAAUACUCCAAUUCAAGUGAAUUGCGAGUCAUUGAUUGGCUGGGAUAGUCCAGCCACUCCCAAGUAAAAAAAAUCGUAGUAAUAGUCCAGUUCCUUUUUUCACACCCCUGCACCAACUCACAUUUCCAAUUAAACGGGAUUAUGUUCUAACAUCCAUUUAUGUCAGUUUUUGUCAUUUAUGGUUGUUGAGAAACAAGAAUUUAUCUUAACAAUUUGUGUCGCUAUUUAUUGCUUAAGUUCUCGGCUUAUAGAUCUUGUUCUUUCUUGUCAGGGUAUUUAAGCUACAUGCAGGAGCGUGAUCCUGUCCUCAUAUUAGCUCCCUGUAUUACAAACAAUGAUCCCAUUCUAGAGGGAGGAUUUGUACAAGAUAUGGUGAAUAUUUAUCCACUUUUGGAGAAACAAUUAAAUAGAUCAACCAUCAAUCCCCUCCUGAAGGUUGUUUAUAGAGUUUCACACAGGGCUUUUGUGUUUGGAUAGAUUGAUCAGUUUUAUGUUUUUCAAAUUGAAAUAGUGUAAUGUUUGCUUUGCAGAUCAAGGGGACUGGUUUUAUAUGUACAUUAGCAUCAAUUACAAAUACUGUAUUAUCAGAUAAAUCACAUUCAUAUUUAUAUAGAAUUAUAAUAUAUUUAAUUGCUGUGUGUUUAUUCUGUGUUGUCUUUCAGGUUUCUAAAUUUCAGCUUGCUUUGCUAUAAUUUUCGAACAUAUGGAAUAUGGAGCUUUAUGCUGUAAUGUGUUUUUUAGCUGUGAUAAGAUUGCAAAGUCAUAUUGUCAAAGGACUUCUAGCAUAAGUCAUCAUGCCUGGUAGCAUAAGGCAAUAGCCCCUCGGAGAGCUGCUAUCUGAUAUAGCUGCUUAAUGUCACUGGGGCUAGUGCUUAAUCUGGAUAAAUAUUCCAUAUUCCCCUGGGAUAGAAUCUAAAUUUCACUUUAAGGGGAAUCUACUGAGUGACAUGCCCAGGGGUUUACCCACUAAACAGCGAGUUGACGGCUAAUAGUGAGGUUUUUCACACAUAUUUAAAGUGUAACCUCACUUAUUUUAUAUUGACACACGACUUAAAGGGGUACUAUCACAUACUAGGGUUAUAUAUGUAUUUGUGGGGUGUGAAAUAUAAAAUGAAACCUAGAAAUCCACACCUCUUUAUCCUAAUACUGGGUGCCUUCAUCUUGACUCCCUGUUAAUUAACACAAGGUCUGUUCUUUUAUACUGGCUGUCUGAUUAUAGAGCAGAGUAGAAUAGAAACAGUAGUGGUGAUAUUUGUCAAUGUGCCAUGUUCUGGAAAGUGAGGUGAAGAUUCAAAAGGGAAAGAGUCACCCAUGGAAUGUUCAAUGGAACUGGCAGCCCUCAAAUCAUGGCUCAUGUUCCCAGUCAGUAAGCUGUGACUUGUACAUAAAUGUACCAUCAUGGCAUCAGGGGAAUUAAACUAAUUUGCAUUUUAUGCUUUGGCUGUGCCUUGACAACCCACAAUAUGAUCUAAAUUAAGAAGAAAACAGUUUUAGCAUAGUUUAACAGCUACCUGGGCUUCGCGAGAUGCCAAUGGCUGCUCUUUUUCAGCAGGAGAAACCAUCUUGCUUUAUUGAGGACCUAUAUUGGUUACGCUUUACUCUACAGAGACACCUAGUUUCUCUUGCUAGAGAAUACUGGAUGUGGUUGGUAUGGGCACCUCGGGUACCCGGUUAAGUUGUCAAACCUUAACAUUUUUUGACAUCUUACUGUGGGAGAGUACCAGUGUGGUCUUGGCAUCAUAACAACUACAGCAGGCUUUAUCGGCAAUAUGGCUUUGAAUGUUCCUUUUAAUAUAUAUAUACCCAUAGUAGCUGGUUUAUAGAUUUAUUAACUUGAUAACUUCUGUUAACUUACUGAAUAUCUGUAUUGCUGUUUCAGCAAGAUUGAAAUUGCUCGCGGUCUUGCAUAUUUAUGUCUGCCCUACAGGCUGUUACACAGAAGAUAUGAGAUAACUUGUAGUUACUUAGAAUUUGUUGUACAUGCUCACCUUGAAUGAGCAGAACUUGCAGUUUAUGCUUUCAUCAACAACACUUAUGUCAGUGAACCUAUGGCACAAUAGGGCAAUAUCUAGGCAGGACUUAGCUUAUGUUAUUGACCAUUGCUAUAGUAAUUUGUACUUCCUGUCACAAAGGCAGUUAAUAUAAGUAUCCAUGCCAUAUCACUUGGAGAAAUAUUGGAGUGUGUUCUAAAGAAAUGCACAGACGAUAUAAGGUUUUGUAUAAUCAGGGGCCGGGGAGCAUAGCUUAUGCAGUGAUUAUGGUGUGUGCAUAGUCACUUGGAAAAAUAGAUGUAUGUUCAUCUAUUGGGGAAAUUAGUAGUAUAGUUGCCUAACAUAGUUUUCAUUUCAUUAAAAUAGUAUUUGCAUUAAUAUCUAUAUUCCCACUGCUCUAUGGUCUUUAAGUAUAGUAUUAUGCAGGUAUUUACUAAAUAAAUGUAUGUUAUUAAAAAACACAAAAACAGGGCAUUGUGUGUGUGUAACGGACCGUUUUGCACACAAGGGGUAAAAAACGUUUAGGCGAUCGUCCCCCUUUCCAGAGAUGCAGGCACAGCUAUUGUAGAACACCAAACACACGAACCGCCAAUAAGUGAAUGCUCCAAACUCCCGAACAGCAUCCAAUAUAGCACUCCAAACACACGAACAGGAACCAUACGAAUCACUGCUAGCAGACGAAUAGGAAAAGCAUCCAAGCGGCUUACACUCCUAGCAAUCAGUCUCUAUCAGCAUUCAGUAAAUCCCCCAAAGACGAGACAAGGCUCCGUGUUGUGGGUCAAGCAGUGGUCUGUUUAAUGAGGGCUACCUGCCCAGUAUUUAUGCAGGUCUCCCACCUGGUGGACACUCCCAUAGGGGACCAAAUGGGAGACUGUGACAAAAGACAGACAAGUUGACAAAUAGGACACACAGUCACAGUAUAUUCCCACAAUGCAUCCUGGCUUCCUCCCCUCUGCCUUGGAGAUAAUUGAGAAGUAAUUCAAUUAUCUCCCAAGACAAAGGCAAAUCGCCAUUAUGCACGUGGGGAUACUAAAACACGAAUUACUGUUAAAAUACACUAGGUAAGACACAUUACAAUAAACUUAUACAUUUAACAUGUCCCCAGAUAGCUCAGGUCUGAGCGCACAUUAUUAAGCGAAUGGCGCUCAGACCACACGAAUACAGUUUAAUCGCCAUGGAGCUAAAGUCUUUACACAGUCAGUUUCAUGCGAAUGGGCUCCAUGGGAUUCCUUUCUGGGGUAUAACACAUUCCAGUAAAACUACCGAACGCCGGGCCGUUUGUGCACUUUCACCGACCAAGAAGGGAGGUCGGCGGCUUUAGCGGUGUUCGCGCAAAACUGUGUCCGAUUUCAGUUCCAUGAAUUAAGCGUCGAACACCGCUGUACAUUCGCAUGUUUAAAAUGGCCACGACCUUGUGUUCGGGAUACGAAUGGCGGCCACCCAGCAUUCGUCAAUUAAGCUGCGGUUAACCGCAGCUUCAGGGAGGCUAAUUGCCGGCACACUACAGCUCCCAGGUGGUCCAGUCAUUCGUGCGGUUGUUCGGUAGAUUGAAUCUACCGCACACCAGGCAGAAAAGCACGAAUAAAGCUUUUCUGCAGGCGAAACAAAGUCUUUUAACAUGGGGGCCAUAGUCCAAAAGCAGCAGGCGAGCAACCAGGCUUCUCCAAUGCAAUGUGGCGAGAUUGCUCUCGUCACAGUGUGUAAAAUUAGAUUUUCAAAAACUGGACUUUUUUCUUUCUCUUUCUCUAAAUUUUGUAUUUUCAUUGCCAAACCUCUAUUUAAGCUCCUUACUACAAGCAGUGUUGUCAACUUGUCAUAUCAAAAUGAUUUCAUUAAGCAUUUGCAUUAAGUGGCAAUUUAUCCUCAGUUUCUGCUCUCUUUUCAGCGUUUUUUUCCUUUUGUUCGUAAUUAAGUCUUUUAGAUUGUUUCUGCAAUUUCUUUAUGGAUUAUGACCACUUAACUUUUAUUGCAAUGUUCUUUUUGCACACUUACUGUUAAUUACAGCAAGUUAAUGACACUGAGUUUAAAAUAAACACCCUGUGGUUUUUAAAAUACCAAUUUUAUAUAAAAAAAAUAAUAAACCUUGUGCAUUAUUACAAAGCCACUUGAGAGAAAAAAAUGUAAUUAAAAUAAAAAGGAAAGAGAUUGCAGAGUAGGAAAAUAUAAAAAACUUAGAUUUAGCUAAUUUAAUCUAUUACAGAUCGUUACAUUAUAUGUAAUAUUACUGAUUAUAAGUUGCACAGUAACAGCGUGUCCGUUUAACUCUUCAUUGGCAGGAAAGUUUUGUUUUGUCUAGAACCUAUAGACUCUAGGUAGUGAUGGCAGACAUUUUUUUUAGCACAAACUGCAACAUGAAACCAACUUAUUUAUCUUAAAGUACCCACACUGCAAAUAAACCCAAACAUUGAGAUUUAAUUAACAAACACACGUGACCAUCUCCAUCACAUGAGGAGUCUUUUUCUUCCUCCAAUAUAUCUGUCCUACCUACUACUUCUAACCCUCCAUCUCCAUCUCUGGAUCAGUAAUGUGAUCUCCAAACCUACAACAUGCCCAGCAGCUGGCUGUGUAGAAAGCAUUAUUGGCGUGUGUGUGUGUGUAUGUAUGUAUGUGUAUACAUUCAGAAUGCUUUCCUAUGGACGCUGGCGUCUUCUCACUGUGAUUUUCACAGUGAGAAGCACGCAAGCGCCUCUAACGUCUGUCAAUGAGACAGCCACUAGAGGCUUUAGAGGCUGGAUUAACCCUCAGUGUAAACAUAGCAGUUUCUCUGAAACUGCUAUGUUUAUUUAAAAAAAAAAAAAAGGGGUUAAUCCUAGCUGGACCAGGCACCCAGACCAUUUCAUUAAGCUGAAGUGGUCUGGGUGCCUAUAGUGGUCCUUUAAAACAGAACUAUCACUUGUAAGAUUUAUGCACAACCCUGGGAUUUGCUAUUUUUUUUUUUUUUUAAUUCUCUCUAGUUGCAGUUUUUCAGUAGAAAUGCCCCUUUAGGCUGCUUGGGAAGGGUAUGUUAAUUAAGACCGCUACAUUGCAUAUAGCAUUUUUCUGUGGGGGUUGACAAAGUCCUGCUGAACAUGCAAGUGCAGCAGAGAUAAUUUUUUUUUUUGUUUUUUUUGUUUUUUUCCCUUUCUUUCUUACCUCCACUGCUCUGUUCACCCCAGUAAACUGAAACAUGAAUAAUGUGUUCAGGGGCAAGGGAAUGAGCAACUGUCAUAUCCAGAGCGGUGACUGAUCUACAUUAAAUUGAGAAUUAGUCCAUUAAUUGAGAAUGAAUGGGACUUGCAGUCCUGUUUACUGAAUUUAUUGUUAAACUGUUUUGAAAUUUGGAGAAUAAUUAUGUUUCCUGUGUUUUGCUCACAUGUAGCUGCAGGGAUACUUUGUGCCCAUAAUUUUGAUGCAAACCAAAACAAUGUAACAUUUGGCAUGUGCAGUGAGAUUUCUGGAGCCAUCUCUACCUGUCUCUUGGGAUUUGUCCUGCUUGUAAUCUGAUUGUUUUUAUAUAUCUGUAUGAAACCCAUUCAGCAAUGUUAUCACCACUGGCAUCAAUAUUUGAGUUACAGUUGUGAUGAAGUAUGCAUUUCUAAUAUUUAUUUUAAUAAUCCUCAACCUUUGUGUUUUUGGUUGUUGUUUUUCUUCCUCCUUUAAAUUUCCUCGUCUCCCUGUGGUUUUUAAACAAGGGAUGGGUGAGUGAAAGUUUGAGCCUUCAUUCAAAUCACAGGAAAGGAAAUGCUGAGUCAACCCGAAUUCAAACAAACACCCCGAGCUGAAUGCCAAAGGAAUAUUUCCUUGUUUUCACUUAUUUUGUUAGAAUCUUCCUUUGUCAGAUUUACUGUUCUUUACAUUGUUCUUGCUUAACAUUCACUGUUGACAUUUUGUGUGUCUUUACUUUAUUAUUUCACAAGGAACUAUAUGCAAUAAUCCAGUCUGGUGUCGACAAAAUCUGAUUUACUGUAGCAAAUCUGGACUCUUCAGUAUUGUGUGAUAGUUUAGCUGAUAAAAUAAAACAAAACACUUAUAAACUGAACAGUGAUUCAUAGGGUUUUAAACACAUAUGUAACUUAACUGAACUGGAGAAAGCAAGGUGCUUUAAAUAAAUCAUAAGCAACACAUUUUUGUAGAACUCCCACCUUUACUUUUACUCCUUCACACUCUUUUACCACUUUCUAUGCCUUGGCAGAGAAACUAAAGAUAUAAUAGCAAAGAGGGCAGAUUACGUUUGAGCUUCACGCAAUUAGAGUGAUUUUGAAGUGCAGCCAUUGGUUAUCUGUCACUAUGACAUAUGCCUGAUAUGCACAGAAUUAACUUUAGCCAGCUGCAAACUCUCAAUCCAGGGUAGGUAAUGUCUUUGUUCUGUAGUUAUGUCAGAAAACAAGCUACUCUAUCUCUGUAUAACUGAAACACUGCACAUACAGAUUCCAAGCACUAUGACCACUUUAAACAACUACAAUGGCCGUAGGGUAGCCCCUUAAAACAUAUUAUUUUAUUGCAGGGAUAUUGGCAAUUAGAAAUUCGUACAUAGCAAGUAAACCUCCACUGCCUGUAAGAAUUGAUUUUGCCUGGUGAGAUAUCUUUUAUUUAUUUUUUGCUCCUGGUAGUGAUUACUUAUCGGAUGGAGGAUUGCAAGGGCCACCUAAGCAUCAUGCUUAUUGGCCAGGGCUGUGUUUGAAUCAUGCUGGCUCUGCCCUGCCCCUGAUCUGGAUCUUUGUCAGUCUCAGCCAAUCCUAUGGGGAAGCACUGUGAUUGGAUCAGGCUACCACUUCUGAUGAUGUCGGCAGAGUGCUUGUUUUUUGUUUUUGUUUUGUUUUUUGAGGCAAACAGCAUGCAGAUCUACAGCUUCUAGCUUGAAUACAGUAAGAUGUUGCUAUAUUUAUGGAGGCAUUAGGGGCCCAGGGGGGCUAGAUGGUGGUUUUAGCACUAUAUGGUCAGGAAUACAUGUUUGCGUUCCUGAACCUAUAGUGAUCCUUUAAGUGCUCGUGUAAAUGGUGCUUGUAGUGUAUCUUCAGCAGGCUUGUGAUAUAUGUAGUAAAUCCCUGUAUUGGUCACUAGGAGGUAUGCUCGGAUAUAAUCUACGGUCACAUUUCUAUCAUAUGAGCGAAGUGGCUAGUAAGGUGAAUCAUAGGGAAUUGGAAUCUCAUCACUAUGGGUUAUUCUGUGUAAAUAUGCUCACACACCAUUUUUCCAUAUAUUUCCUGCAUACAUGUCUGCAUGCAAGAUAACUUGUGAUAAAUAUUCACUAAAAAUAGCUUACAGAGAAAAUGAGAGUGGGCUAAACUUUCUAUCAAAAGUUGAAGAUCUCAGGGAGUAGAAUGAUAACAGUAGGGAAGAUAUUUUCUGCUACCUCGAAGUGCAAGUAUCUAAUAAGUAGUAAUAAUAACAAGUACCAAAUAAGUAUAAUUGAUACAAGUAACCCAUGUGCCUUUGAGAGCACCUAACUGUCUUCACUAAUGACAGAAUAAACUCUAAACGGAUGUGAUAACUUCUAUUAAAUGAGUGAAUUAAAAUUAUGCGGUAGAGCCAUCAGAACUGCAUCCUAAGAUAUCAUGGAUCUAAAUAAGACCUACAAAGAUGCAGCCACUUUGCUGGUAAGGCCAAGUGUCUAUACAAUAAAGGGUAUUGCCAGCUGCCAUUUAGAACAUGUACUUUGAGCAAUGGAGACAACAGCCUCUGCAAAGUAAAAUGUAUUUAUCUAGUGUAAUUUCCAACAAAGGGAUAAUCCAAUGGUGCCUCACAGACUAGGCCACCAUACAUGUAGUGUACAAAUUUGAGAGAUGUCUGGGCAAUUAACAGAUUUUACUAUUAACAUGACGUAAAGUCAUGAUUUUAUUAACGACACGGAGGCGAGUAUUAUGCUGCACGCUUUCUUUAUUUCCCUCCGCAGCAAAUAAAAUAAUAUAACAUAUAAACGGUAUGAUAACAAUAAAUAGCAUUAGAGGUAUAUCUUCCUAGCGACAGAAACAGCCAAUCAGAUUCCACUCUCCAGCAUAAUAGGCGAUGAUGCGUAAUCUAUUUCCUCUUUCUUGCGAUCCUGAACAAGGACUAUCGUGGCACAGAACAGGAAAACCCCAACAAGAAGAGCAUGUCAGUAAAGGUGCAAUGUCAAAUCAAGCUGGAAGAGAGCGGAGAAAUAUGGUAAUAUCGGAGUAUAAAACUGGAUGUAUGCAUAAAUCAUACUAUCUGUCAUCAAGUAUAAAUGUACGUUAAUAAUUAUGAGUAGUCUAAACUGAACUCUAGACACUUUGAAAUUGGAUGACCCUAUACUCUAAGACUUACCGUGAAGUCAACUUACCCAUAUCCACUCAAGCCUCAGGUGGGAGGGAGGGAUAAUACUUGCCUCCAUGUCAUUAAUAAAAUCAUGACUUUACAUCAUGUUAAUAGUAAAAUCUGUACAUUUUAUAAGACACAGAGGCUCCUAAUAAGCUAGUUUAAAGCUGUGAAACUACAGUCCCCGCAAAGUGGUGAAUAGGCCUAAAAUAAAUGUCAUGGAAGGUCGACUCAGAAGACCAGUCGGCCGCUUUUUAAAAUGUCCUCUAGGCGGCAACCAAUCGAGGAGACCUUAGAGUGAGGCGAAAAUAGUGAGGUAUUAAUACCAGCCGAAGACAUGAUCCGUUUGACCCAAUGAGCCAGGGUAGGUGUAGACACUGGCAGAUGCGGUUUCCGGGAAGGAAACGAAUAGUUCGUGUUUCGAUGGGUUCCGUAGUGAAGAGGUGCGAAGUUCAUAUGUUCGCAGGUAUGCGACCGGACAUAAGAGGUCUGUCAGGGAAAGAUAGAUAUAAAAUUCUUCGAGGAAGUUUUUAAUUCUCCGAGAUAUAUUGAAGAGGACACUUUCCGGAGUAUAUGAGCGAGCAGUAAUAUCAAGAGCUCUGAUGUCAGAAACCCUCCUGCAGGAUAUUAAAUAGAGAAGCAUGACUAGUUUCGCUGAUAGUUGUUUCAGACAUAGUGAGGCAUUAGUCGGCCAGGAUUUGAAGAAGUUGAGUAUGGUAGAAAUGUCCUAUUAAACUGAAUAACGCGGUAAAGGUGGACAAGCAAAUCUUAUUCCACGGAGGAGUCUACACACCAUAGGGUGGCGGCCUAACGGUCUCCAUCCAAACCUUGGUGUCCAGCAGAUAUAGAAGAACGAUAAAGGUUCGCUGUGUGAUAGACCUUACCAUCAUCGAAGAGUGAGGUGAGGAAUUGGAGGAUCGAAGUCAGAGGAGCCGAUACAGGAUCCAUGUUUCAUUCCAGGCACUAACCAUGCCAUCUGCUCCAACUAGACUUAGAAGCCUGUCUCGUGCCGGAUGCCCAUGCUUGAGAAGACGGAUAGUUAAUUCCAAAACUCCCUCGAUUGACCAAGGUCCCCUGAAAAUAGCCACACCAUGAGCUGUAGAAGGUCUUGGAGAACCAGGGGACAUUCUGUCUGGAUCAUGAAGGAGGCAGUCGUGUGAUGGAGGUAGACAUAGUAAGUCGAUAGCCAUCUCUAGAAGAGGAGGAAACCAUGGUUGGGAUGGCCACAAGGGCGUCACAAUAACCAAAGUCCCAAACUGGCGUCGUAGUUGCAGGAGGCAACGGGGAAUCAAUUAAAAGGGUGGAAAUUGCGGAUGACGAAUCUUGGGUUAAAGCAACCGUUGUUAUUGCCAUUGGGUUUGGUCUCAAACUAAAGAACCCGGGAAGCGAAAGGGUCUCUUUCUAGUGGGCUCCAUAACUGUUGGAUGUCCUGGAAGACUCUUGAAUCCAGAUGCCAAUCGCUGGAAUCUCUGAUGUGUCAGGAAUACCAAUCUGCUGUGGUGUUGGAGAGGCCGAGGAUAUAUUCUGCAGUAAUAGAUAUGUUCCGUGCCAGGUAGAACGGCCAAAAUUCUGUUCUCUAUUCACCAGGACCUUUGAUUUCAUACCUCCUAGAUGAUGUAAUGGAUAGCUGAUAUAUUGUCCAUCAUCAGGAGAUUAUAGCACUGGGCUUGAGUUGAGGAGAAGCUGCGGAUAGCGACUGUGCCGGCCAGGAGUUCCAGACAGUUGAUAUUAAUAGUCGAUUUGUAAUCGGACCAUCUGCCACCAGUAGAGACAUCUCCACAACGAGCACCCCAACUGUGUAAGCUUGUGUCUGGUGCUGCACCGAAGAUGGCGCGACCGUUCCAUGCUUCCAUGUGAGGAAGCCACCAUUUCAGUUUGUAUGUUCUAUUUUUCUUUGCUGCUGAGGGAAAUAAAGAAAGAGUGCAGCAUAAUAGGAGCCUCCGUGUCUUAAUAAAAUCAGAGGUUAAAUCCAACAGCAGACUUUUUUUAGGAAUAGAGGCAAGGUUUUGGCUCCCAGUCAGAGCUUUUCUAAGCCACAACAUUCUCACAAAUCAUAACAUUCAUACAUCACAAAUGAGAUAAUGAAGUAAGAAAUACUGAGACAUUGGAAAACAUUAGAAACUCGAUUGUUGCUUGUGUCCGAGCACAUAAGUGACAUAUGACAUUGAAAAAAAAAAGCGUCACAUACUUCAGAGAGGUAUAUAGAUAAAACUUCGACUUUAACCCCUUAAGGACCAAACUUCUGGAAUAAAAGGGGAUCAUGACAUGUCACAUAUGUCAUGUGUCCUUAAGGGGUUAAAGCAAGGGAACAAGAGUAAUAAAGAAAUGCAUUUGAUUCAAAGUAAAUUAGUUUUUUUGUGUAGACACAAUUUCCUGCAGGAAAAGUUUUGUAAUUAUUUUAGAAGUAAAUUUACUGUGUAAAUUCUAUUGGUGUGGGUCUUGGCUGUUUUUUUUGUUGUUGUGUUUUUUUUUGUGUGUGCAGUAAUCAAGUAAUUUAUCAGUCCCCUUGCCUCCUCCCAGAGUAAGUGAUCAGAUUAUUUGAGAACUCAACUGGAGUCUGCCUGGUAUCGAUCACUUUAACCUGUGUUGCUAGAUGCUCCUGCCCUGAACCACGUCUGGCAGGGUAAGGCUUAGAUCAUUGGCUGAGAGCUCUCAGCCAUGCAUGGCAGUGCAUAGCUUAGUCGAACUAAUAGAAGCUCUUUGCUGCUGAUUGCAAUGGAGGUGGUGGCGGGUGCCCAGCAGACUUUAGGUAAGUUCUUAAUGACUACUUUCCCUGGGAUGGCACUCCUGGCACCAUAACCACAACAGCUGUAGUGGUUGUAGUGCUCCUUCCAAAAAACACUCUAGUAUGCUAAAUAUUGUUAUUUAUAAAAUUAAAGAUUUCUGCCUCCAUUAGAUUAUUGAACCUUGUUAAAGUAGAAAACAAACAAAAAGGCUAGUUGCAUUUAUCCAGAGCUGUUUUAGUCACCUCACAGUAACUGUAUUGGUACCCUUUGGGACAUGUGUGGCAUUCAAAUACACUACACAAUCAAAUACUUCACACAAGUUGGAUGCAAUAUGUUGGUUAAGAUAAUGCUACAUGUGGGUUGUUGUUUUUUUUUUAACCCCAAUUAUAUAUAUAUUUUAUUUCAAUAGUUUUGCUCCAUAUGCCUGCCAUUUCUGUGUCUCCAUCCCAGCAGUAUUUUUGUAUCUUCCUACAAUAGAAAUGGCAAUAAGGCUAGAAUCCCAGCUCAGAACUGCCUAUCUCAGUAGUGUUAUAUAAAGCUAAGCAUCAUGAUUGCUUGAGUUACUUCCUGGUUAGAUGAGAGCUCCCUGCAAAACCUGGGAAUUAAAUUGCAAAUACUUCACAUACAGAUGACCUUGGUUUUGAUUGAUUUGAAGGGCCACUAUAGACACCCAGACCACUUCAGCUUAAUGAAGUGGUCUGGGUGCCUGGUCCAGCUAGGUUUAACCCUUUUUUUCUAUAAACAUAGCAGUUUCAGAGAAACUGCUAUGUUUAUAUUGGGGUUAAUCCAGCCUCUAGUGGCUGUCUCAUUGACAGCUGCUAGAGGCGCUUGCGUGCUUCUCACUGUGAAAAUCACAGUGAGAAGACGCCAGCGUCCGUAGGAAAGCAUUGAUAAUGCUUUCCUAUGAGACUGGCUGAAUGCGUGCGCAGCUCUUGCCGAGGAGGAGGAGAGCUCCCUGCCCGGCUCUGGAGAAAGAGGUAAGUUUAACCCCUUCCUCACCCUAGAGCCCGGCGGGAGGGAGACCGUGACUAUACUAGAGGUAGCCUUAACCCAGCACUGUAAACAUUGCAGUUUCUUUAAAACUGCAGUGUUAUACAUUGCAGGGUUACGGUCACAGGGAUACUGCACCCAGACCACUUAAAUGAGAUGAAGUGGUCUGGGAGCCUAUAGGGUCCCCUUUAAUUUAUUGUAUUUGCAUUUAUUUUGAAAACACUAUCUAUUAAAAAGUUCAUGAGGCAUUGACAGCUCGUCAUAUAACUGGAUAUAUUGCUUUAUCAUUUGUUUUGUUACAUAUCUUUGCACAGUAAUAUUAAACUGAUAACAUGCACUACAACAUUUUAUUCACUGUACACUAGAUGGCGCCAUGUAAUCAGCGUCGCUUUAUACGCAAGAUUGUUUUUGAAGAUAAAAUUACUUCUGUUCCAGGUUCAUUAAAUGUAUUAACCUUUGUUUAUGUUCUUUUCCUUUGUAUGCGUUGGUGAGUAGUAAUGCAUAUCUGGUUGUUGCAUUUGUAUGAUAAGAGAAAAGAGUUGUAAAGCUAGGAGUGUCGGAUUAGUUUGUUUGCUGUUAUAAAGCAAUGUCCUCUGUUACCUUAAAGGAUCACUAAGUGUCAGCAAAGCCGCUUUCUUUUCCUGACCCUAAAGGAUCACUAUAAGGUAAUAGAGGACAUUGCUUUAUAACAGCACCCUCAGGGUCCUCCUCCUGUUGCGCUGAAAGGGUUAAAACCGUUUCAGCAGCUUACCUUAUUCCAGCGCCGGGUGACCUCUCCUUCCCCGCCGACGUCAGCGGAGCCGCAUUUCUCAAUGCUUUCCUAUGGACGCUCUGAUCGAUGGAGGCAUAAUAUGGGUUAAAACCUGAGGGACCUGGCACCCAGACCACUUCAUUGAGCUGAAGUGAUCUUGGUGACUAUAGUGUCCCUUUAAGUGCAUAAGAGCAUAGACUAUUUCAAAAUGUAUCUACUGUCCUAUAGAGAACCCAUUAUAGGUCUUCCAAUCCCUAGUAUCAUUUUGUGUGUCCAUUUUUAAAAUCUGGGUUUAUUGAAUUGUUUGAAACAGUGCAAAACGUUCUCUUACGGGAAGUUAAAACAGAGCAUAACCUGUACAAAAUACAGUAGACAGACAGUGUAUUGGAUAAAUAACAAUGAUGGAAUAUGAAAUAUUCUUAAAUUGCUGUAUGCAGCACUCACUUUGAGUGCUGCAUACUAUUCACUGGUCACUCUGAAGCUGCUAAAAAUGACUCUAUGCAGGGAUUUAACUCUGCUAAUUGCGCAUUUUGGUUAAUGGGAAUUUAAAUGCACAUUGAAAGAUAUGUAUGCAGUCAAAGUGCAUACAGCUAUUUCAAUGUGCAUUUAAAUUCCCUUUCAUCUGCCAGUCUGUGGCCACUAAAAAAACGCCCCAGCUGACAAAGUGGAGCCCCAGGUAUUAAUUGAUAACUGGGACUCCUUGCUGUGAGCAUAUUUUAACCCUGCCAACACCAAUUCGUUAGGACAUUUUGUAAUGCUGUCCUAAGUGCGUUAAUGCCCACUCUGUGGAGGGAGUCAUGGAGUAUCCUUACUUCGUGACAGGGUUAAGCUGUAGUGGUUCUGGUACUGAGUGUCCCUUUAAGAUACACUUAAACGUAAAUGGAGCACAACAGGAAAAAAGUUAAAACAAGUUAGAGGUGAUUUUCAAUGUUUAAAAGGAUACCAUUGGUUUCAAAACAACUGCAGCUUAAAGGACCACUAUAGUGCCAGGAAGACGUUGGCGUCUUCUCAGUGUGAAAAUCACAGUGAGAAGCACGCAAGCGCCUCUGGCGGCUGUCAAUGAGACAGCCACUAGAGGCUGGAUUAACCCUAAUAUAAACAUAGCAGUUUCUCUGAAACUGCUAUGUUUAUAGAAAAAAGGGUUAACCCUAGCUGGACCUGGCACCCAGACCACUUCUAAGCUGAAGUGGUCUGGGUGCCUAUAGUGGUCCUUUAAUAAAGCCGUAAUGGUGUGAUCAUGCCUCUUUAUUAUUAUUAUUAUUAUUAUUAUUAUUAUUACUAUUUAUAUAGCGCCAACAGUUUCCGUAGCGAUUUCAGUCUCCUUUCUCAAUUCUCUGCCAUUUAUGCAUCAAAUCACUUUUUUCAUUUAUGCAGCCCUAAGCUCACCCCCUGUUUUAGAAAUUUUCAUCUCCUUCUCUGAUAAUUGAAACUUAAUCAUGCACAGGUGGUUCAUGCAGGCUCUAGUAGGCUAUCAACACAGCAGGAUGUAAGAAAUUCUAAAUUAAACACACUAUACAAUAGCAAAUGUGUAGGGAGACUGUGAGGAUAGCAUGCAGAGAGAUGCAACUAAGGCUGCAUAAACAAAGUGAUUUAAAGGGGUAUUAUACUGAAUUGUUACGGUUAUAGAAUUUGUGCCUAAGGAGACCUGAGCAAGAGAUGGAUGUGUUGUCAGUCUGAUUGUUUAAGCUGACAUGAGGGUUGUAUCAGCAGUGGUGGGUAAUUCACCAACAAACGAUGUAUUGGUUCCUUUCCUGUGUGAGAAAAAUACUUCACUAUUAAAAGAUAGGCAGAUAUACCCAUUAUACCAAGCUAUAAAGUCCUUCUUCAUCUUCUCCUCCUCCACCAUCUUCAGUUCUGUUUCUGCCUCUCUGGAGGUUGCCUAGAUCUAGUGAAGCUCUUAAAGGGGCACUAUAGUCACCAGAACAACAACAGCUUAAUGUAGUUGUUGGUGUCUAUAGCUUGUUCCUUCAGGCUUUUUCAUGUAAGUAUUGCUGCCUUGUAACACCUCUUGUGGCAGUCAUUCAGACGGCCACUAGAGGUGGUUUCUGGGUCAGUGCUGCACAGUGUACAUCCCUGAUGUUCAGCGCAUCAACGUUUUGCAUUGAUUCCAUGCAUAUUUUUGAGGAGAUGCUGAUUGGCGCAGCUUGGCUUUUGCCGCACAUGCGCAGGAGCCUACCAAUGCUUUCCUAUGGGAAAUUAUUGGAUUGGCUAGGGUUGUUAAUUUUGAUGAUCUCAGCCAAGGAUGCGGGCGGGUGUGGAGCUCGCCACGGCAGACCUGCGCAAGUCUGGAAUAAAGGUAAGUUAUUUGACCUUUUAACAGGGGUGAGCGGGGAGGCGGUUACCUAAAAUGUAUUUUUACACAUUUUGUAUUUCUGACACUGUAGUGUUUCUUUAACUUCUAAAUGGCAGAAAAUUAAGCAGUAAGCCUACAGGGGUUGCUUAGUGUCCCUUUUAUUCAGUGUUGUAAUUUCUAGAGAAGUAUCAAUCCCCCAUUAAAUGAGGUUUUUAAUCCAUGUGUCCCAGACAUUAUUGAGGUUCUCCAAGGUGUCCACAUGAUCAGGCCAUUGGAUUCAACGUGGUGUAGUCUAAACUGUCUCUACUACUAUUGUCCAGUGUAAUGAUUGAUCCCAGCUGUUUACAAAAUAUUUCCCAUAGUACCUUUAGUCUUGUGUGAAAUGCAGGUUAUAUACCUCUGGGGUGCCAAGAUUAUCCAUCACUGUCCUGUGGGCUUCCAGCUAUUGCUAUGGAGCAGGGAUCUCGAGUUUGUUCACUACUAAUUUAAUCCCUAUUGAUCUAUUACUGUUAGUCAUUUUGCAAGAUAUAACACUGUACAAUAAAUGUUCCUUGUUGGGAACAAAUUUGUUAGUGUGAUAUUUAAGUGCUGCUGUUUGAAUUCCCUCUGUGAAAAUCAAUUUAUCCUCUCAAAGUGCAUAUGAUUAGAAUUCAGCUACACUAAAGGAAAGCAUAAAACACAGAGACUGCAAUUAAAACUGUCUGUUUUCUACAUAUUUGCUGUGUAUAUAUUUGUGUGUGUAUAUAUGUGUGUGUUUAUAUGUAUAACGUAUAUACGCGAAUAUAAGUUGAGACCCCUAAUUUUACCCCAAAAAACUGAGAAAACGUAUUGACUCGAGUAUAAGAGUAGGGUGGGGAAAUGCAGCAGCUACUGGUAAAUUUCUAAAUAAAAUGAUAUCCCCAAAAAAUUAUGUUAAUUGAAUAUUUAUAUGCAGUGUGUGUUUGUGUAUGUGAUGCAGAGCCUUGGUGGGGGGUCGGCAUUUUUUAAAAAUUAUUAUUAUUAUUUUAAUAUUUUUUUUUAUAUUAUUAAUAUUUUUAUUUUAUUAUUUUAAUUUAUAUACAUCCCCCCUCCCUGCUUGUUAGCUGGCCUGGGAGGGGGGCUCUCAUUCCCUGGUGGUCCAGUGGCAUUGGCUGUGUAGGAGGGGGGCUGGCAGAGAGUUGUUACUUACCUUUCCUGCAGCUCCUGUCAGCUUCCCUCUCCUCCGGUCCGGUCAGCUCCCCUGUCCGCUCCACUGCAAGUCUUGCGGCCUGAGUGCCGCACGGAGCGUUGCCACGGUAACCCGUGGCAACGCUCUGACCACGCGGCUCUCGUGAGACUUACAGUGGAGUUGACAGGGGAGCGGACCGGAGGAGAGAGAAGGGAGCUGACAGGAGCUGCAGGAAAGGUAAGUUACAGCUCUCUGCCAACCCACAACAGGACCGCCAGGCUUGUAAUGAGCUCGGUGGUCCUGGUCUGUAUUAUGGCAAUGUAAGUUGCCAUAAUACAGACCUUGACUCGAGUAUAAGAUGAGUGGGGGUUUUUCAGCACAAAAAAUGUGCCGAAAAACUCAUCUUAUACUCGAGUAUAUACGGUGUGUGUGUGUGUGUGUAUAUGUAUGUAUGUAUAUAUAUGUGUGUGUGUGUGUGUGUGUGUGUGUGUGUAUGUAUGUGUGUUAUAUAUAUAUAUAUAUAUAUAUAUAUAUAUAUAUAUAUAUAUAUAAGUUAAUACAAUGCUAAACAAUAAUCUGCACACCAGUCAAGCCAUAAGACUUGCUUUUCCCACAGAAAUCCCAAAUCAGCAGUGAUGUUACAACCGCAAAGGAUUCUGGGUGGGCAUAUGCAAAUUAGUUUAACAAAGAAUCACAUUUUUGCCUCAUUCCAUUUUAAACAUGGAUUCCUUUUAAUUUGUGUUUGCAGUAUACAACUUAGGAUAAGAUGCAUAUAUAAACAAGGGGGGGUUGGCUGCACUCACCUGAACAUGCAUAAAUGGGGGUGCUGCUGGGGGCCAAAUAAUACAAUACACAAGAUCCAGCGCACUCACCUAUCCACUAAACAGCAACUUCAAUGUUAAAAGAUUUUAUUAGUUUUUUUAAUCUAAGAGCAGACAUUAGGCUGUUAGAGUAGGACCUGCCAAAGAUGGGGUACAUUGACGUUGUGGCAGACUUAUGCAAUGUAUGAUCACAUAAUGUAACUAAACCCCCAUUAUUUUUGCCUAGAUUAGGUGUUUUUAAAAAAACUAAUAAAAUCUUUCAACAUUGAAGUUGCUGUCUAGUGGAUAGGUGAGUGUGCUGGAUCUUGUGUAUGUGUGUAUGUAUAUAUAUGUAAGUAUGUAUGUGUGUGUGUGUAUAUAUAUGUGAUCACACACACUAUCCAGGUGGACAUCAGAAGCUCUGAUCUUUGCCAAUUUGCCUCAUAGGCAUACAUUGAUUGAAGCUGUGUUUGUGCAAAGAUGAUUCUCUAAUUUAGUGUCCCUGUUAAGUGUAGGGUUAUGAUUAAGGAAACUAUACCAAAGCUUGCUUCAAUUUAGCACUCUUAUCUCCACUAUCCAGUAAUCUCUUACAGAUUCAGUCUGUGUUUGCACCAAAUAGCAAGUAUGUAUGAAUAACCUGUAAGAAUUAAGAAGUCUGUAUUGUGUAAUAUCUAUUAAAAUAGCUGGGGAGAGGGCUAAAUUAAAAAUGGCAGCUGCUGUAUGUAGCAGUUUACCAUCCAAGAGCAAAUCUCCCACUUAAUUUGGGCAGACAGAGAGAUAUGCCUGGUGCUACCCUCAGAUGAGGGAAGUACAGGAUUUGAAAACAUUAUCUGUCUUUUGGAAUAAUGGGCUUAUCUUGUAGAAUAUAUUAUGUGCAUUAUAUAUACAAUUCAGUCCAAAUAACACACAAAGCUGCUGUGGAUCUGCUGCUUAGAAUGUACUUUAGCAGUUUGAUUCAUAAAUUAAUCUGUGUUUAAAAUAUGUUUCUAUUUGAAAAACACUCAUGGGAGUCCAUUUAUUUUCAUUCUGUUUUGUAUUUGACAAAAGAAAAGUUUAGAAAACAAAAAUUGUGCGUAUUGUUGAAUUAUUAAUCUUUAUAUCUGAAAGCAGUUUGAAGGCAUUCACGACAUAUGGUAUGGGACUAUUGACUUUCACGGCAUUGUGCAAAAAUCAUAACUACCUUAAACGUAUAUUUUCAUUAUUAUCAUCAUCAUUUAUAUAGCGCCAACUUAUACUGCAGCGUUUUACAAUGUUAUAAAGGGGGAGAUUAAACAAUAGAUGAGACAUUUACAAAAUGUUACAGGAAUAAUAAGCUGAUGAGGACCCUGCUGUAAAGCACUUACAAUCUAGAAAAGGUGGGGUGUAAAUACAUAAUAUUUAAUAGGAAGGUUAUUGUGGUGGGUAGCAACCAAACGACAAGGUGGGAAGUAGCAGAAUCUAAUGGGGAGAGUGGAGUGUGUAGCAUAGAGAGAGCGAGAGAUAGGCAAAUUACUACGUGAGGCUAUAGACUAUUCUGAAGAGAUGGGUUUUGAGGGACUUCUGGACUAGGGGAGAGUCGGAUUGGAGGAGGCAGGUGGCUGUUUUAGAGGAGAGGAGCUGGCAGUGAAGUCAUGUGUAGUGGUGCUCCGAUACCACGACUAGGUAUCUCCACUAUUCCUUCCUCGAAGCUGUAAGACGCACUGUAGUAUUUAAAGACCUUUCCCCCCAGCAACUAGACGACACUUCGUUCUGGGAGUCAACUUAGUUUUAUUUGGCCACACGCAGCUUUUAUGCAUGGCACCUAGCAUCGGGUCUACAUAGCAAAAAUACACGGGUCUCUUCCCAGGAGUCUCUGUGUCUGAGAAAUAAUUGAGCCCAAAAUCGGAUAACUCAAUUAUCUCUGUUACAGGAAACAAUACAAAAUACCCCAAAAAUACAUCAUCAUAAUGCACGAACCCCACAAAAGUCAUAUCCCCGAAUAGCUUGAGUCUGAGCGCACACUUUGUCGAAAUAGCGCUCAGAUCCCUUUGGUGGUUUGGAAUUGCCAUUGGAAUGAAGUUUUGACUGGUCGAUCACUUGUUGAUGUCCCAAAACAGUUCCACAGAACAUAAGGCAACGACUGGUCUUCUUUCGGGGGUUUUCAUACAAACACUGACAAAUGCUCGCCCUGGGUUUAAGGGAGCAAAUGCUCCCCCUGUUCGGUAGUUCCUUUCUCCCGAAUGCCAUCCUCCUAACUGAUCAGGAAGUUGCACGUGCAGCGGUGCACGUUUCCUGGGUGUCCUCGGGGUUGCAUAGUCGACAUACAUUUCCAGACACUCAACGACCAUGUAAAGCUACCUGCGUUCAGGAGACAAAUUCUUGGAGCACGGCCACACAGGGAAAGCACUUGAACUAAUUGCUCAUUUGUGGUUAACAGUCAGGAGUGGUUGGUGAUUAUGAGUUGUUAACAAGGGGACCCACACAGAGUUAGUUCGGUAAACAGAGUGUGUAUGGGCUGCCGAACCAGAAGAAAUUAAAGUUUAUUCAAACGAAUCCAUUCUGCUACAUCUUGCAAGCGUGAGUAAGCAAUAAGGGUAAGCACAGCAGACAGGAGAUGGUUACUCGCUGAGCGGAGACCGAGAAUGGGCGUAUCAAUGAAUUGGUGAAGAAAUAUAACGGGGUAGAGUUGUUUAGAGCUUUACAGGUAAGAUUGGUUUAGAGGUAGCAACAAGGUCGUAAAAAUACAUAAAUUUUAUUUAGAAAUAGUAAUAAAAGCAAUAUAAGAAUGGAAUAGAGUAGCACACUAACGCGUUUUACCCAGUAAAUGUGCUUUUUCAAAUAUAUGUAAUGUCUUUAUAGUAUUCUGUUACACAGUCUUUAUAUCACAGAAAUAAAAUUCAAAUGAAUUAGAAAAAGAAAGACCACUUGGCAGUAUAUCGACAUUUUUGUACAAUAAUGUAUGCGUCUUUUUGAAAAGUGCUUAGCUUUGUGUCAACAUGACUCCUUGUACAUAUUUAUAUGUGUCUCCAUUCGAUGGGUUUAAACAUUACAUUCAGCCAAAAGUGCUGAGCAUGUCAUUAUAAAGAAUAUCAUGUUUACAUUAGUUGUCCAGUAAUACUAUGCCUUUAUUUCCUUUUACAUCUAUUUAUACCAUUUUCACCAUUUGUAAAUUUCAGAUAACGAUGAAUACAGGCCCCCAGUAUGGAAAUCUUACUGUAAGUACACAUUGUUUUAUUGAUACAAAAAGUAAAAAUAUACUACUGUCAGAAGGUUAUUCCUUUAUCUCAUUUCCUGCUCAGCAUAACAUCAUGUCUGGCCUAACCAGUCUUCAAUUUACAUAUCAGGUUUUUUUAUUUCAAAUAAACAUGUGCUCCUGAUUUACUUCCUGGAACGUUAUCUUAAGACAAAAUUUAAGCAAGAAUGUUCCUUUUUUAAACCAUGUAAAGAUCUAAUCAUUUGAAGUUACACAUUUUUUCCAGCUAAACUUUACUGGAAUGGUCUAGUUUUAUAUUUUUAUAUAAUGCAGUUAUUACAGGAACACUCCAAGCACCAUAACCACUACACCUCACUGUGGAUGUUAUUGUGCCAGGGGUACAUGGCAUCCCUCAUUGUAAGUAGUCAAUCCGUUUUAGAACAUUAUAAAGUGGUUUGACUAAUUAUGAUUGGGAGAGCACUAUGGCACUCUUCGCAUCAUAACCUUUACAGCGAGCUGUAGUGCUCAUGGUGCUUGCAGUGUUUAGCUGGCUUGCUGAGCAUCAUCAGAAACAAAUAGGGUCAUUCACUAAGUGAGAAUUGUUGGAAAUUCAAGGUGAAUUUUAAAUUUAAGACUAAAAUAAUCAAAAUGGAAAAGGUCAACUCUGCUUCCAGUUUUUGGCCUUAAAUGAACAUUGCGGGCUCCAUAGCAAUUUCAUUGAAAUAAAGUUGAUACCUGGAGGUCACUGCUGCUGGCUCACCUUAAGGGGUUAAACCUUUCACAAGUACAAGUCUGUGUACCAAAUUAUGGCUGCUGUGGGCAGAGUGCCUCUGAUUGGCUAAAAGCAGUUAGCUGACACUCUCAGCUAAUCAGUGUCUCACCAUUCACAAAACGGGUUGAGAAACGUUCGUAUUUUUCUGACUGAGAUGGAGUUACACUAGCUGGCCAAGGGGUUAUAUUCAGUAUGUGUGGCGUUACAGCGAACCUCUGCAGAUUCCAGGCACCAUAUCUAUUUAAAACCACUGAAAUGGUCAUGGUGCACGGAGUAACCCUUUUAAAAUAAAUAAAUACACACUCUCUCGAUAGCACUACUAGGACUUUGUUUAUAAAACUAAAACUUUCAUUUAGCAGUUAACCUAGUUGGCUAUUGUUACCAGACUGUAAUGGAAAGCUAAUCAUUACAAUAUUAAUUAUUAAUGUAAAAAUCUCUGUGCUUAUGCUUAGAACACAGCUUUCUCUUUAAUAUGUAAUAUGUAAUCAUGUGUUCUUUAUCUAUCAGUGUAUCAGUUGCAACAAGAAGCUCCCCAUCCCCGAAGAAUUACCUGCACACGUGAGGUGAGCUAUAAUCUAUCAGUCAUCAGGUCAUGAAUCGUACUAUUGGGUUUCUUAACGAUUUAAUGGGAACCCCCCCCCCCCCCACCAUGUGCAAGUCAGAAGCACAUGCUGAGCUGCGGAAUGUGACAUGUGAUGUAAUCUAUUACCUUUUGAGCUCUUCAAGUGGCUUUUCCUGUUUUUGACUGUUUACUUUGCGUACAGAAGCAAAUGUUACAAGUCUUGCGGACUUGGAGGGGGAUGUUUUUUGUGUAUUUAAGCUUUUUAGACUUUCUGUGCCCGUGGUAGCUUGUUUUCAAAUCGUUCAGCAGGAUAGAUAUUUAAUAUUUCCUGUAGUGAAGCUUUGAACAGCAUAAUUGAGUAUACCGUGAGUUAGACUUCAAAAACUCCUCAUCUGGAUAUGAUUAUCAAUGUAACUUUUUUGUAAUUUUGUACAUUUUUAUUCUUUUACUAAGCAAGAAAGUAGAUAAUGAAUUCUACAAAAGAAUGGAAGAAAUCCUACACUAGUAAAUAUCCGCAAGCAAAACAAGACUCAAAUGUUCCCAAACAGAAGCACAAUAAGUAGAAGUGAGCUGCAAUGUUAUCAGGCUAUUACUGUACUGACUGCGCUAGCAGAUUUACAGAAUAUUCAUGUAGACUACCACCAAAUUGUGGAGGACUGAAAACUGAAUUGCAAAGUAUAGCCAUGCUGGGACAAUAGUCAGUAAUCAUUACUAUUCUCUAUUUAGGGGAGAAAAUCCCAAUUUGCAGAUUACAUGUUAACCCCUUCCUGAUGUUAAGACAUUCUGUACCAUCCCCAUAGACUGGGCUUUAAUGCUGUUAGGACAAUAUGGAAUGUCCUAACAAAUUGGUGUGAGCAGAGCUGGUGAGGGGAGAAAGAGAUUAAGUGGAUUUAACAAAAAAACUAUUUUAGCUAGUGAGGGAGCACACAAAGGAAUGGGAGAGCAAGGACACACUGCCUGCAAGGGACAUAUUUGCACAGAAUUGAUAUUCGGCAACCAGGAACAAGCUGAAACGCUAUACAUAGAGGCUCCAACUACCAUUACCACUUCAAAUCACUGGAGUAAUCAUUUGAUAUCUCUCUCUUCUAAAUAUAGAAAGUACACCCUUUUCAUGUUCAUUCUGGAAGUAUAUGCCAUGCUUAAAUAGUAGAAAUGAAUUAUCCUUCAUAUUCUGCAACAUGCUCCCCCUUGCUUUCACCUGAUUGAAAAAUAAAAGAAUGCUCUGCUCUGCAAAUUCCCCUUUGGUUCAGCAAAGCUGUUGCAAUUUCUCCCCUCUGGCAAAAUAAAUAAAUAUGAGCACAGAUGAUCUUUUUCCUCAAACCUUUUACUUGACACAUCUGUCAUUUUUGUUGCUUAGUGAUGCAGAAAGUCAUAGAACAGGGUAGGCACUGCAGGAAUACAGGCUGGAAAUAGUAAUUUCACUUAAGAGAUGGAGGCCAUAAUAAGAACAUGUAUAGUCCUUCUUACAAGUGGGAAAUACGCAAGCAGUCACUUCACUAUACUCCGUAUUACUUCUCUUAAAGGGACUGACAGAUAUGUUUUAUUCAAACACAAAUAUCUAGGCUGCAUAGUAAAAAGGGAAUAGAUUGUUUAUGAGACACAAUGUCACCAACUCCACGUUUGGAUUAAGAAGAUCCUUUAUUGACUGUAAAAAAACAAAACAAAAAACACUGAUCAUCUGGGAGAAUAGCAAAGCAAUUCUGAGGAAGUGGCACACACUUUGACACACAGUUAAAUAGUUAUAACUAACAAUAAUUUAUCUCUCUAUCCUUGGCUACUACAAUGUUAAAAAUACAAGGGAUUGAUAAUGAUUAAUAUUUGCAUUUAUGUGGCAUUCUCAAAGGAUUCUCUAAACACUGCAAGCAUCAUAACCACUACAGACUGCUGUAGUGUUUGUGGUGCCAGAGGUGUCCUAGUGCCCUCCCACGGUAAGUAGUCAAACCUACCCUGCUGCAUUGAGCUAAGUUGUGCAGGGCCGGCAUAUUGGCUGAAAAGGUCACCUGCGUUGGCGCAGAUGAGGAGGUGACCCGGCAGGCACCAACUAUUUGUCAAGGAUUCACAUAUGGCUAUAGUACUUACUGUGGGAGGCUGUGAUCAUGGUUCUGGUGCUUGGAGUUUUCCUUUAAGUAAUAAAACUUGAUGAAAAGUCAUCGCUCUCUGCAAAUAUCAUAUUCCCUACAGUUCCAACUGUAGACCUUUAGUUGGAAAACAAUGAGCAGAAUAUAAAAAUAUAAAACAAUCCAGCCACACAAUUGCAUGCUACAUUCAGUCUCUCAGCACUCUGCUUUACAAGACCCAAUGCCUAAUGGCCACAAGGCAUUUCAUCACAGUAUUUGGGGGGUGGGGGAGGGUACUUUUAUGCAAAAAAAAAAAACUUCCCCGAUCUUUGAUGAGGAACAAGGCAUAAUUAAACAAUAAGCCAAUCAAAGAAAGCAAUGAGACUGCUUCACUGAUCCAUAUAUUUAAAGAGGUUUCAUUUCCCUACUUUGUGAAUCACUCCGCUACAGAAUGAGUAUAUUGUAGAUAACAUGAUAAUCUUUUGAUAAUUAAUAGUGUUUAACUUUAUAAGUCAUUUGAAGGUUUACUAUACAAGUUUUUCUCCUAUGCUAAUUAAUAGUAUAUUUCAGAAAAAUAUAUUGCAAAAUGUAUUGAUUCAUUUUCCCUUGGCUGAUGAAAUGGUGAGUCCAUUAACUCAUUCUAAGUAUUUAUAGAACAUUCCCUAUUCAUGGACCAUUUGUUAUGGGCUGUGGAGGAGUGCAGAAGGAAACCUAUAAAUUCAUCAAGGAGUGAUUCACAGAUCCUGUAGUAUAUAAAGUCUGCAUACCAAAUGUCUAGGAAGCCACAGACAAUCUGGAGAUUUUGUAUAAGACAUAGUACCAUAAACAAAAUAAAAGUCAGGCGUAACUGAAGGUUGGGUGCUACAUUAGAUGGCGUGAUGGCGACACUGACAUCCGGAAGAGGAAGUGAAUAAAAACUGAAUACUUCAUUUCAAAGUUAAAUAUAUCACAGGUCAUUAUGAUCAAUAAUAUAUGUGUUGCUAAAUGGGAUUAAAAGGUAUAAAGUGAACUUGUCAUGGCAGGUUCACUUUAAGUUAAAGGUACACUACAGGAUCAGGAACACAAACAUGUAUUCCUAAUCACCCUUGCCCCCUCCUCCCCCCAUAAAUAAUUAGAAAACUUACCUUAUUUCCAGCACCGCUUGGGUUCCCUGGCCCCAUCCCCGAUACGCCUUUUUGGCUAUCAUCAGAAUUGAUGGUCUUAGCCAAUCCAAUGCUUUCCCAUUUGGAUGAGAUCGUCAAGGAGACAGGGGCAGGGCCAUACGCCAGCCUGGCCAAUCAGCAUUUCCUCAUAGUUACAUUGAAUCAGUGCGUCUCUAUGGGGAAAGUUCAGUGUCUCGAUUCAGAGCGUGGAGACGCUGAACGCUGGUGUUGCACGUUGUGCAGUGUUACCCUGGAAGCACCUCUAGCAGCCAUCUGAGGAGUGGCCACUAGAGUUGUUCCUUACCUGUAAUGUAAACACUGCGUUUUCUAAAGUGCUUGCAGGGACUGAAUAUACUCACCUUAACAACUACAAUAAGCUGUAGUUCUGGUGACUAUAGUGUCCCUUUAAUGAUUUUCAUUCUACAGCAUGUGAAUUGUGCAUUCGUCAUGGGCUGCCUAUGUGCACAAAAAAAUUACGUGCACUUAUUAAACACAUUUUGGCAUAUACAACUUUAUACCUAACUUAACUAUCACGCAAAUAUAGUUCUGCUGUUUUUGUAUAAAAAGAUCUGCAUGGUAUAUGAAAUGCUUUUUCCAAACUGGCACAUGUUUCUGUCAGCACUCAUGCAGUACGUGGGUUAAAAAUCUGUGUGUCAGCAGCCAUUUUUUGUUGCCAUGGUGACUGGGUUCCUUAGUUUUGCUAAGUGCUGAUUCAUAUACCAUUAUAACCAAUUUGCUGUUAGAUUAUUGUUCUCUUAGAAGUAAUUAACCUUGACUUUUUAUUUCUUCAAGUGACACAAAACUUCUUUUAUAGAAACAAAAGUUAUUUUUACAAAGGAGAUUGAAUAAUUGAAAACAUGUACUUUUUAAGGUACAUGCUGUUUUUUCCUACUUCCUGGAACCUGAGUGUUCCAGUUUUAUUACAUAUUCUUUAUAUCCUUGAGAGAAGCAUGUUUGUCAACAACAUCAUCUUUGCUGAUUGACUGACAUUGCAGGUGCCUGCAUCCAGCUGAAUGCUUGUGAAUGCUGCACAUUGAGAAACUAUUUACAUGUUGCUUUUCACCAUUUUGAGUGCAUUUUAAAAGAUAACCAUUUCUUUUAUUAAAGAGACACCAUGGGCACCAAUGCGACUUGAAUGCAUUUGCAUUAAUAUGCUAUGUUUUGUGAAUGCUUUGUAGUUUUAGCUAAAAAAAAAUAAUGCUUUUUAUUAGCUACACCCCCUCUUGCCUAAAAAGACUUCCUUAUCAAAUGUAUGCAGACUUUCUCAGCCCCAACAGUAUGCAGAGAUGUGUGCAUAUAUUUGAUAGGGAGUUCUGUAGUGAGGGGGUGUGGAUAAGGAGGCAGGUUAUGGAGCAGCAUUCUGCAAAACAUUUAUUGAUUUGUGCAAAAACUAUAAAGAUAUAAGUAUGCAAACAACACCGCAUAUUCAUGAUGACAAAACCUAGUAAGUGCCUGAAACUUGUGUUGGUGCUCAGUGUGUCCCAGUUUACUGGGAUUGGGGUUAUUCCCUUUUACUACUCAUAGGGUUAAAGAGUUACUCCAACCACCUUUGACUAGUUUAGUGAAAAUGGAGUGGUCACGGUGGUAGGAGUCAGUGUGUGCAGUGUUUCAGCUAGAAACACUGCCCAUACAGAGAUGUAAGUAAUUUUGUGCUGAAGGCUAGUUGCACCACCAGCACACGUGACUGCCUAAUGUCAUUUCUGUGCAUAAAUUACGACUGUUUGCAGCUCGCACUGCACACUGAUAACAAAUGUUUAAAUCUUCCCCUUGCAGGUGUUGUCAGCUUGCUCUACCUUCCCAUCCUCCAUCCCUGUGGGCGCUCCGUCCUGCCUCCUUUCGUUGCUUAUUUGUUUUUUUUAAAAGACCCCUACCCUCACUAGCGCAAAGCACAUGCAUGCACUCUGAGUUGGCAAAUUGGUCCAAUCACAGGCUUCUCUAUGAGAAACCUUUGAUUGGAGCGCGCACGGCUGCCUUGACGUCAGGAGGGGAGUGGAAAAGCAGAGCCAGGAGCUUUGCCAGGUUCUGGAUUUCAGGUAGAUAGAACUGAAUUGAUAGGGGAAGACCUUCUCUACAAACCCCAAUAAGGCCCAUUUCAUUUCUGUUCCAUGAACAUGUUGCAAUCUUUUAUCAAAGUUUUUUUGUUGCUGUUUUUUUGUUAGUAUUGCAAUCCUUUGCUCUAAAUACAGCUGUGCUUUUAAAUACUUAAUGACUUUACUCUUUGGCAUUCUUCUCAAACGGCUGUAAACAUUUCUGUCUAUGAAGCAAUAAUAUAUACUAAACACAGAUAUGCUCUACAGCUGUGUUAAUGAAUAGGAUAUAUGUCGUUAAUCACACCUGGCUUCUUUGGUGGUUGUGGAGUUUGUGUGAUAGACUGCAGUGCCCUAGGAGGAUUAAUCUUUUCUCUUUCAUACCAAUACAAUAACACCCCAGCAGCUGCUUUGAGCCCAACAUUUGAUGUGCGCAGUCCAGUGAGCUGACUAAUAAAAUCUUUGCCCACUUCCUCUCUGUUUCAAAAAAUCUGUACCAGUGGUUAUCAGGCCAGUCUGUCGGUAGCCAUUUUAUCUUUGUCCAUAUCUGAACAGGUACUGGUCUAUCCUGAAUCCUGAAACACCAAUGACGAUUCCAUAAAUCCUUGGUCAUUGAUGGUAAUUGAGCAUCAUUCCCUAUAUCUUUGGCCAUAGACUGUUGUUGAGGCCUUUGGAAACUGCAAGUGUAGAGCUUAUGUAAAAUAUUCUACUUAUAACCUCUCAGUUGGGAUUUUUGAUCCUCAGGAAAAUUACUUUUUUUAUAGUAAUGUGAUCUGUAUUUAAACAAAGUUUGUUACCUUUGUAUCUAUUUUUAAUUUUUAAUCGUUUUUUUUUUUUUUUUUCUCCUCCUAUAGGUGGAAAACAGACCAAAGUAUUAUGGAAGAGAGUAAGUACCUAUAUAAUGUUAGUCUUAAAAAUAUAAAUACUAAUGCAGAACUGAUGAAUAGCAAUCCACGAAGUGCCAAUGGAUUGCCUAAUAACUUUUCUAUGCAGUGUGUGACUAUCUGCAUAGCACUGAAGGGUUAAUUUAGUGGCAUAUAAAGAGGUAUGUGAAAUCCAGUCCUGCUCUUAAAAUGUAGUUCCUAUAUUAAAAUAGACACGUUGGGUUGUUUUCAAAUUAUGUGAAGUUAAACCUGAACUAUUGAUAACAACAAUUCUAUAUUGAGAUAUUUACAAAUGGAAUGAGAUGUCCGGUUCACUUAAAACGCAGUUAAUGGACACUCAGUGGAAUUUUCUUUACUAUGGGAACAAUCCUUUUCUCUAUUUUAUUGCAUUCUUCCCGCAUUUUUCACAUGGUUUUCUCUUUCACCAAACAUUGUGCUGUUAUCAAAUGCCAUGAUAUUGUUUACGCUGUAUUUUUUUCAUUAGCUUGUAACUGCUGUUGUGGCACCACAAGUUUGUUUGUAACUCUAAACACUGAAAAAUAAUCAGACAAACCCAACUUCAGAAACUAUCGAACUACAGAGAACAAAAUAAUAAACAUCUCUAAAUGUACCCUUACACCUGAACAUGAAUCCAUACUUAACAAGGGACUCUCUCUUGUACCUACUGCAAUGGCCAACAAAUUUGAGUGGAUGAAAGACGUAAACAUAUUUGGACGCAAUCUGGCAUUCUGUUCCCUUCACAAAUGGAAAGAUAAUCAAUUGGCCAAAGAACUGGGCCCCUCAAAUGUAGAUUAUAUCCAUCUACAAUCUUUACUUCAGUUACUCGAUGAACAGGACAACAAUCCACCCCUUACAGAUUUCAAACCCUCAAGUUGGUUUACUCCCAACUUUAAAGAUGAUAUAAACAUAGAUCUCUUCGUAUAAAUGACAACAGACCAACUUGAAGCACUACACCCUCCACGCUCUUCACAUAACAACCUAAAAGGAGAACGCAAGGCAUGAAAAUAUUUAAGUCAAAAUAAAGAUCUUGUCAUCAAGCCAUCAGACAAGGGUGGCAAUGUAGUCCUAAUAUGUCCUAAUGGAACAUUUGAUGGUCAUCAGGAUGGCAGAUUUCACAUGGUAACAUCUUAAUUAUAUUGGUUGUAAUAUCGUCAUAUAGUAUAUUCCUUUCGGUCUUCACUUACUAACUGCGGAUCUUUUGUCUAACAGCGAAUAAGACCGUAAACUCUUCAAGUUAUCACAACGUUUAUGAUAAAAUAUUGUGAUCUAUAGUCACGUAACUGGAAAUCCACUAUUAAAAUCCUUGAAAGAUCUCACCUAGAUGGAUAUUGGCAACCAAAUUCAACCCAAGGGUUAAAAUAAGUUUGAAAUAAACAUCCAAUCAUAACACCUCUAAUAAAAUCUGAUUGGUCCCUUAGAAUUCAAAUUGACCAAUAACAGAGCUUCUAACCCUUUUUAAAACCGGACAAUUUCCUUGUCCAGCUCCCCUCUGAUGAGCCAUAGGCGAAACGCGCGUCGGGGGUACUGAUAGACGCACAAUUGGAAGCUAAUUAACUCUGAAUGUAUCUAUAGGCGAUAGCUCAAACCUUGCAAAUAUUAGAAUUGCGAUUAACUAUCAGAUUGGCACACUAAAUUCUACUAAGACUGUUCUGUGCACUACCUACUUCUAGUUAGAAUCUUUUUAAGUUAUUACCAAAUACUGUAUGUUGGGGGAGGGAGGUGUAGGGAAGUGUAGGGAAGGGCCAGAUAGAGCCAAGACUAUUUUUUAUUUAUUUAACGCUUUCUAUUACAUCUGAUUUGAUUAAUACCAUAUUACUAAAUUCUGACAAAGAGACAAACUCAUCUCUCUUUUUUUGGUUCUGCCAGAUUUGAUCAGCACCAUAUAAAGGCAGAUAAAGACAUAAACUCAAUCGCUCAGUAUCUAUACCAAGGCUGAAUAGCGAGAUACCGAGUCAGUGAUAAACUUACCCGCUAAGCAUCAACACCUGCUAGAUUUGACAAUUACCAUAUCUACAAAUCAAAGCAGACUGAUAUACCCAUUUGCUCAGUAUUUACACUCAUUCCCCUUUCAGACAGAGUCUAUGAUUUUAAGAAUUUCCGGUUUGUGGGUACUCUGCAAUAUAUAUUAAAAAAUAAAAAUAAAUUGGUGAUUGUUCAACUCGCUAUAAUUCACUGGUGUAUAAGGAAUUUUUUUAUUUAUUGACUCAAUAAAAGUAACGUUUUAUACUCUUUACAACAAAACUUUUGUUGGUUUAUAUUUCCACUAAUUUGGGACUAUUUGGCAUUUGUUCCCUCUCCGUUCUGAUGUGUUAUUAAUUCUCUCUUUUAUAAACUGAAAAAUAAAGUACAAAAAAACGCAGUUAAUGGUGUAUUGAGAACUGAAAUGCAAGUUUUAUGCUAGAACAAUGGAGUCGCCUAAACUCUCUAUUUCAGUUGUGUUGUUCUUUUUCUCACUCUGCUGAUUUGGCCUAAAUUUUGCAAAUUGUUCCCAAGUCACAACAACUUGCUGUUUAGUGAGAGUCUGUGAUGAUCUAUUGUGUUGAUCGUUUAUGGUGUUUUCUGAUAAAGUUGCAGCUGUUUUAAAAACUGAAAGUAACCUGUCAAGAAUACAGGCUGAUAAAAAGCUUUAUCACUUGAAUGUAAAAAUUGCAUAACAUCCUUUGCAGCUCAUAACAUUGAGAAGGCCAUCUGCAUAGGCUUACCACCCACGUUCCACUUCUAUUAUUCUGUAUACUGCUCAUAUUUAGAUGGAGUCCGAAGUUAUCUCCAGUUUUCUGUAAAUAAUGAGUCAUUCAGGAAUCUGGUGUUAUGUAGUCUCUACAAUUGCAGUGCCAUUAACGUACCAACAUGUUAGCCUGAAACAUGUUGAAGAGAGUCGGAUGAGUGUAUUUUGAACAGUUACAUCUAAGACUGCAGUUAAAGUGGCUCGAGUAAUGUAUGUACAGUAUUGCUAUUUAAUGCCAAGGUCAUUUCUAAAAUAUCAUGAAAAUAAUACAAUUGCAACAUCUCAUCACAGCGUAUAGAAAAAUGCUAUAUGGUGUUUUGUGUACUUACACUGAAUCCCUUCAAGUGCAAAAUGUGUGGAUUAGAAGUGUAAUCUUUACGUUGUGAUGGUGAAAUCACUAGCGUAUAGCGUAAAUAAUACUUUUAACUGACUUUAGCUGUCUAAUCUAUGUGCUUAUGCUUUGCUACUAAUUUUAUUGUACUAGACAGGGCAGGGCAAGAAUUUUUGCCGCCCCCUCAUGAAUGCAACUACAUUCCCUCAGAGGUUUAUUCACUAAACUCUGAAUUGCAGUGAAGAGUCAUUGAGAAAAAAAGCCGCACUGUGUAGACAUUAAAGGGAAACUAUAGUGCCAGGAAAACAAACUUGUUAUCCUGGCACUAUAGCUUCCCCCUCUGUCAAGGUCCCCCCCCCCCUUUUGUGCUGAAGUCACCCUGCGAGGGAGAGCUUAAUGCGCAAUGGCGGCACUUGCAUAGGGAUUUCCAAUAGGAAAGCAUUAUACAAUGGUUUCCUAUGGAGUUCUGGAUUACACUGGAUGUCCCCAUGCAUACCGUGAGGACGUCCAGCAUCAGGUGACCAAAAGUUGCCUAACAGCUUGGAAGUCCCUGUAGUGGCUGUCUGGUAGACAGCCACUAGAGGUGGAGUUAACCUUGAAAGGUAAUUAUUGCAGUUUCUUAAAAUUAUUCUUAAAAAACUGCGAUAAUUACCGUUGCAGGGUUAGAGGACCUGGGACACUGCAUGCAUACCACUUCAAUGAGCUGAAGUGGUCUUGGUGCAUAUAGUUUCCCUUUAAGUGAAAGCAGAUGCACAGUGAGACAUUUAGAUAAUGGAAACAGUCUGGGGAGACAUUUAGGGAAUGCCUAAUACUUCCAUACAUAAAGCCUAUUACAUACAAUCAACCACACACACACAUAGCCCAAUACAUAUAUCCGCACACCCAUACUGCUAUAAUGUAUAUAUGUGUGUGUGUGUAUAUAUGUGUGUGUAUAUAUGUAUGUGUAUAUAUAUAUAUAUGUAUGUGUAUACAAUAAUACUGACUAAAACAUACAUCAAUGCAUUUCGAGGGAUUUAAUUUACAAUAAUGGCUGUAACUUUAAGUGAAACUUUUUUUGUUUAUAUAAUUAUAUUUGUAUAUUAAAAAAAACUAUAUAUAUAUAUAUAUAUAUAUAUAUAUAUAUAUAUGGAUUUCUUUACAUGGUCACACGCACUAGCACACACUCUCACUGGCGUGCACACACAGUGUCACUUACACACGCACACACUCUUACUGACAAACACAGCGUAACUUACACAUACUCACACACAAACACACGCACUAUCACUGGCAUACACAGUCUCUUACACACUAUCACUUACACACACACUCACUAACACACACACAGUGUCACUUGCACACUCACUAACACACAAAAUGUCACUUGCACACUCACCAACGCACACACAAAAUGUCAUUUUCACACACACACACACACAAUGUCACUUGCACACUCACCAACACACAUUGUCACACCACUUUAUUUACACACACACACCAAUUUACAACCAGGCACACAAUAAACAGUCUGUAGAGAGGAGAAGGGAUCUAAUCAAGACAGCCUGUGGGAAGUUGCUCUUCUUUCUGCUGGGGGAGCUGUACAAUCUGAACACAGACUGCUUCCUGCUCCCUUCAGAGGGCUUCCGGUGUUCACAGGCAGGGGGCAGUGGGUCCUGGGUUCCGUUGCCUGCUGGAAGCAGUGUGCUCUGCUCGGGUGCUGGGGUUACAGUAAACCCCGUUCCCUGAGCAGGCAAGCUGUGGAGAGGAGACCAGCAGCUGAAUAGCUUCGCUGGGGUGUGGCUAAGGAGCCGCUCGCCCCGCACACCAGCCUCAGGCAGCAGCAGGACAGCCCACCAGGAAACUUCCCGGUGGGUGCCCCCUGCAGAAUGUCUUAUUCGCCUAAUGGAAGUGCCGGCCCUGGUACUAGAUAGUAGAAUAGAAGUAAAAUGAAAAAGUUCAGUAAUAAGUAUUUGAUCAGCACAGUAUACACAUCAGUAAAACCACUGACAGGGGAAGUGAAUAACAUUGAUUAUAUAGUUACAAUGGUACCUGUCAAGCAGUGGGAUAUAUCAGGCAGGAAAAAUGGGCAAGCAUAAAGUUCUGAGGGACUUUGACAAGGGUCACAUAGUGAUGGCUAGGCGUCUGGGUCAGAGCAUCUCCUAAACAUAGUCUUGUGGGGUGUUUCCUGAAUGCAGUGAUGCAGUCUCAUUCCCCCCGUCCAUGACUCCUCUCCUGCAACUGUCAAAAAUAACCCAAGUUCUCAGUGAAUACUUUUAUGGCAACCUAUUUCAUUGCCCCUACUUAUACCUUUUGUGUCACUAUACCACAUUCCCUCUAGCAUGUAAGCUCAUUGAGCAGGGCCCUCAAAUCCUCUCUGGUUACAAUUACGUGCUUGUUAGUCCAUCCAUUGUACAGCACUACGGAAUUUGCUGGCGCUAUAUAAAUAAUAUAUUAAUCUAUGCACUCUCUUCAACUCCAUCCUUCGGGGAGGAGCACUCCCAAGUGAAAUGCUACAGGCAAAUAUAUGCCUACUCCCCAAACCUCACAAGCCCCUUAGAGUACUGGGAUAUUCUCUCCCUAUUUCACUGCUCAACGUGGAUGUCAAAUUAUAUACAAAACUCAUAGCAGACAGACUAAACCCCUUCCUCCCCAAACUAAUACACCCAGACCAAGUUGGUUUCAUCCCCUUCCGACAUGCCAGUGACAACACAAGACGCACGUACAACCUCCUAUGGACAACUCACCACCGCCACAUACCCACACUAUUUCUUUCCAUGGACGCCGAAAAGGUAUUUGACCGUUUACUUUGGCCUUUCUUCUUCGCUAUCCUCAUCAUAUUUGGCUUCCCACGAAACAUAAUAGACACUCUGGGUAUACCGUAUAUACUCGAGUACAAGUAUAGUUUUUAAGCACAUUUUUGUGCUGGAAAAAGCCCCACUCGACUUAUACCACAUAUAAGUAAUCCCUGCAUAUUCUUUUUGUUCUUAAAUACCUUGAUAUCUUCUUAGAAAGAAAAACCUUUGCAUGUUUCCCCCUUUUUUGCAGGUUUCACGGGAUGAUAUCACGAGAAGAGACGGAUCAGCUACUAAGUGUGGCAGAGGGAAGUUAUUUAAUUCGUGAAAGUCAGCGGCAACCUGGAACAUAUACAUUGGCUUUAAGGUGAGAAAAACUUGCAACUUUGCUUGGAUUUCGCUUUAGGUCUUCACUCAGUGUUUGUCCAUACUGAAAUGUUACGGUUAUGGAAUUUGUGCCUAAGGAGACUUGAGCAAGAGAUGAAUGUGUUAUCAGUCAGAUUGUUUAAGCUGACCUGAAGAUUGUAUCAGCUGUGGUAGGUAAUUCACCAACAAACAAUGUAUUGGUUUCUUUCCUACGUGAGAAAAAUACUUCACUAUUAAAAGAUAGGCAGGAAUACCCAUUAUACCAAGCUAUAAAGUCCUUCUUAAUCCACUCCUCCUCCACCAUCUCCAGUUCUGUUUCUGUCUUUCGGAAGCGUGACUGGAUCUGUUGACGCUCUAAAGCAGGAGUAGUCAACCUGGUCUCUACUGCCCACUUGGCGGUUUGGGAUUUCAGGUGGGCGGUGGUGGGUUCUCCAGAAAAUGCCCGGUGGGCCUUGAUGGCUGUGGACCAAGCCUGGCAUGGGAGAUCCUUUCAUCUCCCCUGCCGGCCCAUGCAGAGUCAGCCUUGCUGUAAGCCCUCUCAGGCUGGUGAGGAGAUCAAAGAUGUCCCUCACAGACCUGCUGGCACUUGGAGCACCAGUGCUUGCAGAAGUAUGUCCUCCCUCCCUGGUAAAAGGUAUGAAGAAGGGAGGGGGGAGACAUUAAUAUAGAUUUCCACAUCUCACCCACCUAGACACAGCAUAGACUCUAUGCACCCUUCACACACACACUGCCCCCCUUACACACACUGCCCCCGUUCACACAUACACAUCACCUCUGACACACACAAUGCACCCAUAAGACACACAGGACCCUUUGCACACACACACACACACACACACACACACACAGACCGCAUCCUUCACACACACACACACACACACACAGCAUCCUUCACACACACACACACAUACACACACACAGCAUCCUUCACACACACACACACACACACACACAGGUAAAAUAGAAAAAAGGUAAAAAUAGGUAUAUUUAACUACAUAUUUUUUCUUUCUUUUUUUGAAGUCGUCCUUUCUAAAAAAAUUUUUUUUUAAAUAAAUCGCACUUGAGCUAUAAAAUUAGUUACUGUGGCACUGGUGGGUGGUAAGGAGAUUUUACCGUCAACAAAGAUACAAAAGUGGGUGGUAGGUAUUAAAAGGUUGACUACCCCUGCUCUAAAGCAAUUUAUUUUAUUUAUCUCAUGACUGAAGAUUCCCUGCAUUUAUAAAGUGCAGUUUUGUGCAAUACUAUAUCCUUUCUCUCCUUCAUUCUGAUUACGCAACACCAGGAUUGGGAGAAACAUAAAUUAAACAAAGCCAGUCAACGACAAACAAAACGUAAUCUUGUUGUGUUUAGGGUUUUUUAUUCCUUUAUUUUCACUAAAUUUUUAGCAAAAUCUUAUAUUCACUGUUAACGAAAAAGUGUCUUUUUGUGAAAUAGAUAAAAAAAUUUGAUUGAGGACACUUCCCUUUGGAUAUAAUAUUUGCAGUACAGUUUUGGAUCAUAGGUCUGUGGCAUAGGAUUUUUUUUUUCUCUAACGAAUGUCCAUUAUAUCAAUAUAUUAUAGUGCCCAAGGGCCGGUCAAUUAGUACAUUCUGUAAAACAAGAUAUGCGUAGAAUACAAUUUAUAUUUUAUUCUGUGUUUUUAGUUAGGAUAUAUUUUGCCCUUUUUGCAAAAACAUACAUAAAGUUUGAAUUUUGAUGGACGUGGUUUUUUUGUUUUUUUCUAAACCAUCACGUAUGUUAUUCUUUCCUGGUACACUACCCACUUUGUGUGUCGGUUAGCGAUGUGUUUUGGUUGCUGGGAAUAGUUUCUUUACUCAGCCAUCCCGAUUCUGCCUAGACGACAGACAGAAUUCUAGUCAUGUCAAGUGUACUUUUAAACAGAAACAAUAGAGAGGAUUUCCUUUCUCUUAUUAGCAAUAUCUGGAUAACUCCUAUGCAGUUCAGCAAUACGUUGUGUUUUUCCCUGGAAAAUUCGCCACUAUACGUGUUUUCUUUUUAACUACGGAAAAAAAUUAGAAUGUUAAAAUAGUUAUUAAAACACAAAGUUUAUAGGGACACUGAGCACCAAACUCUCUAAAUUAAUAUGCGGUGGUUUUGGUGCACAGUGUCCUUUUAAAACUUGUGUUUAUGUCCAUCAAAGAGAAACACACUUUUUUUCUUUUAUAUACCCCAGUAAACAUUAUUAUUAUUCUGUUUGUUGUGGACAGUUUAUGCAGUAGAACACAAAAUACUUCCCUUUUCCACUCCAACAAAAUAAUAGAUAGGGAUAUGACUGCUAUGGACAGUGUAACUGUCUCAAUUACAUUUCCUGUUCUAUAAUUUUAUUUAGGACACAUUUUUCCCUGUGGCUUAUUAUUCAGUGGCCAGCUGCUCCUUUAAACAGAUCUCUCUGGCCAAACUCCUGAUGCCAUUAUCACAAAGGUCAUCUGUUUGGAAUGGUGACUUUUGCCACAAGACAAAAAGUUUCAAGAAUACAGGUCAUCUGCAGAUGUUUGCACAAACAGAUCUUGUCCCUUAAGGCAAAUUAUGGGUUACCUGUAUUUGUCUCUGCUUUAAUUAAUUGGAUUCUGUGUUGGUUCAUUCCUUGAUCAUCUUGCUGACCGAUCAACAGUAGUUAUUUUUCCAUUUUUUAUUACCUAUUCAACAAAAAUCAGAACCAGUAGGUCUUUAAGGCAAUCAUGGGAUCUGGACAUAUCAGUACGACAGAGGUGCUGAUCAACUUGCAGGGCUGCCGAGACAUUCUUUAGAUGACAAAUGGCAUCUUAAAUAGAUAAAGUUGCCCAAGUAAAGAGAUUUUAGAAGGGUGUUUGUAAUUUUUAUGUAUUAUUACUUUCCAAAUCCCUCUGCUUUAAGACAAUGGUGUGGGGAAACCCAAGUUUAAUACAGCUACAGAUACCUCUUAGAACUCUUAAAACUUAUUUUUUUCCCCUGUGUGGACGGAUUGUACAUCAAAGGAGCCAUAACUGACUUUUUUUUGUUUAUACAACAAAUUGUAUUCGCACAUAUCUAUGAACCAUUUUAAUGUGUAUUGCAAUACGCACCUAUUCUCUGUUAAUGCAGAAUUUUCAGUAAACAUUUUUAUUGGAAAAAAAGACAAUGAUGUGGGGAUGAGGAACAUUCUUGUUUAUUGUAUUUGUCCAUGAAAAAUUAUCUAAAUUUAAAAGAAAUGUUUAUUGUGAAUUUAAAUAAUUCUAAAUGUUCUUGUGUAUGUUUAAGUUAUAAGUGUCUAGAAGCACGACUUGUCCUGUUCAUGCACAAUGCAUGGAUGGAUAUUAAAUAUGUUAAAUUAUCUAAUAAUAAACAUGUAUAAACUAAGAAAACAGUAGAACUACUAAAUCUCCAUGUAUAAACUAAUGCUAACAAUUAACGGGUCACGUGAAGUUAUUAAAUUUACUGUUUUUAGUUGUUUCCAGUGUUAAAUAGAUCUGGGCACAAAUCCUUUUUACCUGUGAUGAAUUAAUUUAAAUUCCUGUUACUUUACAUUCAAACGUAUAGAUCUGUCCGAGAUUUAAAUGAAGGAUUGAUUAAAUUGGACAUUUACCGGAACGUAAUUUGUCACAGGUGCAAAGGAUUUGUGCUCAAUUCCUAGUGUUAAAUAAUAUCAACAAAUAUUUUCUUCAUUGGCUUGAUUAACCUCUCAUUAGCUCUGAUUCAGCACUAUCACUUGUGAAAUCUUUGUAAUUUGACUUUUAAUUGACAUGUGGAAUGAUUGGAGAGGGGGUUCUAUUGCAGUCUGUAAUUUUUAUUUAUUUACUUUUAUUUUUUUUCAAAACUAUUUUAUCUGUGAGAAACUCAAAAGUGACAAUGACCCUAAAAUUACAUAGUUGCAUAGCUGAAAAGAGACAUGCGUCCAUCAAGUUCAGCCUUUCUCACAUUUUGUUUUUGGUACUGAUCCAAGAGAGAUCCAAAAAAAAACCUGUAACCCAAUUUUGCAACAAACAUUCCUUCUUGACCCCAGAAUAGCAGUCAGAUAUCACUUUGAAUCAAGAAGUUAUUACCCCACUAAUUAAAAAUGAUAUCCCUGUAUAUUAUGAUUUUGCAAGUAUUUAUCCAACUGCUGUUAAACAUCUGUAUAGGCUCUGAUAAAACCAAAUCUUCAGGCCGAGAAUUCCACACCCUUAUAGUUCUUACUGUAAGAAACCCUUUUUUGCCUUAUACUAAAUCUCCUUUGUUCCAGUCUAAAUGUGUGACCUCAUGUCCUAUACUAAAUUCUCUGCUCCUGUUUAGUAGAUGUUGUUCAAAUAUGUAAAAAUAAUAGAUAUUAUGUUUUAAAUACAGUACUUCAUUAAAUUACGUCUGUACAACAAUAAAAGUAAAAAAAAUAUAUAUAUUUCCUUGGUAGUGGUGUUGGGCUUUCUUUAUUUGUCUGUGAGCUUGGCAGACACGCACUGAUUACAUUUUGUGGACUGAGGAUAGACUGGCUAAUAAAUGCCCAAAUAGUCUAUCAGUUUAGGUGAUAUAUAGGUUUUUUUUUUUAAUCUUUGUAGGUUUAUUUCAGCUAUAAGAAGAAACUGGACUAUAGUAUUUUAAUAUCAGCUAAAGCACAGUUUUACAAAAGUCUAAAUGUUUAUAAAUACAUUCACUUUCUAUUGAAGUCAUUCCUCGUGGCAUGAGACAGUCUGGUAGUAGGCUAGCUUUCCAUACAACACUCAAGAAACGGCAAAUAAAAAAUUGUGUAUGUGUACAAGGUUUUAUAUGCUCUUACGGUUACGGCUCUGUCCAUAGUUAGUUAGGAUCCAGAUAACCCCAGCUCAUCAAGUUCAUUGUAACUUUUUUUUACCUCUUGCCCAAAUAUAGCUCAUUGUUGCGAAAAAACUGUUGUUUAGGUUAGUACGAUCUGUUGAUUUACUAACCUGAAAUACUUGAAUCAUAGUCCAAGAACAGACUCUGGGAUUACUCACUAGCAACUGUUUAGAAGUUUAGAUAAAAUAUCCUUAAGGGAAAAAUAUUGAAAGCAUGAACUUUCACUAAAAUAAGUUGUGAAUGGUACUGUGCUUCUGUUUAUUUUUUUUUUGCUAUAUUAGAGCAAAGAAUACAUUUUUCAUUUUUACAGAUAUGAUUUACUCAAAGUGCCAGAUUUUUUUUUCUUUCCCAUGCAUUCGCUUAAAGAUGUCUAUACAGUUUAAAUUUAAUCAAAUUAAAGGAAAUGUAAGCUGUGGCUACCAUUUGAAAUGAAUCCCUUGGAAUUCUAUAGCUGUUUUUUCAUUUUAAAACUACAGAGUGCCGUACAGAAAAAAAAAAACUCCUGGAGAAUUUGUACUGUUAAACAGGACGAACCAGUUUGAAUAAGAAAGAAAAAAAGACAAUUCACUUGGACACAAACUGUGUGUGGUCUUACAUAGAAAGUUCUCAAGUUAUCACACCAGUGCUACAAUCUGUAUGUUUUAAUUGGGAAACCUAGCCCAUUCUGUUGCAUACGUUGUCUGCAUCAGUUCAGAAGAGAAGGGAGAAUAUGUGUAUAGAAGUAAUGAAAUGGGUCGAGAACCUUUAUAUUUUAAGUCCUUUAUGACGGUGGUUCUGCUUACAUUCAGUAGGAAUGUGGAAUUUUUUUACUUUCUUGUUCCCAGCAUUCCUUUGUGCAUAGGAGAAGAAAUGCAACAUUUAAAUGUAUAAUUUUAUAAACUGCACAACAUGCCCAAGAAAAAUAUCAGUAUGACCAGGUUUGUUUAACUGUUUUAUUCCAUUUUAACACAUUAAAAAGAUUUCAGCAUUAUUGAUAGAAAAUGGGGGUAGAUUUUAGAAAGCAAUAUGGCAGUUCAAAAAAAACUAAACAAAAACAUCUGAAGUCGAAAUGACUUUAGAAUUCAAAAUACAAGUCACUACUUGUUUUGUACUCGUUGGGUCUUGUUCUUACACAUGGCUUUCAACUUUUCCUUUUAACCGUCUUGUGUGCUGAAUUUAUAAAGAAAUCACAGUAUUUUAUCAGUGCCAUCUAAAAGCUUUGAAUGUGUUUUUGAGCUGUGGCCAAGUCUUUUUGUUGAAUUUCCAAGUUGAAACCACAGGGAUGCCUUGGAGAUGUGUAUGUGGUCUGUUCGUGUGGGGAGGGAGGAUUUUGGUAUGUUAUUUUUAGUUUUAUUAAAGGCAUUGUCACAAAAGAAAACCUAUCUUGUGAUAAUGUUCAGAUUCAUAAAAGGAAUGGUUAAUUACAGUUUAAAAUACAAGUUUAUUGUUGGAAGAAAUACUCUGGAUGUACAUUUACCUUAACCUUUUAAAAUGCAGUGAGUGUCUGACCUACUGGGCACAUUAAUACCGUAAUGACUAAUUAUAGUGGUUAUGGUGCAGUGUCUGUGGAUGCAUAUUUUAUGACUUGUGAUUUCUGUGCCAAAAACCAUGCGUGUGUUUAGCACUAUCCCUGAUGUGUGCUGUUUUUGCUAAUUUAAUAACUCGAAAAGAAAAACAAAACCUACUAACAACACAAGGGUACAAGGAACCCGGUCCUGCCCAAACCAGUGUACAUUCAGGAAAGCAUAAAAAUAAAUUCCGUUUAAAAAUAGUAUUUCUUUAUUCCGGUGCCCAACGUCUACAACAGCAACGUUUCGAUCACUGCAACGGUCUUUAUCAAGUUAACAUCACACGUCAAACCGUACACCUUCCCAUCUACCUUUCUCCAUGUCUAUGGUACUACAUGCCUUCCUUAUGUUACACAAUAUGUUUUUAAUCUGCUAAAUAAAUCCUAGCAAUACCUUUAAUAUAGUAUAUUAAAUAUAUAUUGUAUAUCAUAGUGACACAAUCAUUAAAACAUCUGUUACUUCUCAAUUGAAUUUUCUCCCCACAAACGUUUGUCUGAAUAUACAAUUUCUUCUACUUUAUAAACUCAGAGGCAGUGUUCUCUUCUUUUGUUUUGAUGCAUUUCUUCCUUUAUCCUAUUUGUAAAAUUACCAAAAGUUCUAAACAAAUGCUCUCAAUAACUAACCCUAUACAGGAAAUUCGAAAUGAUCAAUUCCAGGUCACGUGACAAAACACAUAACACAAUGUCCAUAAUAAACCACAUGGUUGGUAACCAUACCAUCAACAAAAAAUCUAAAUGGGAAAAAAAAUCACUAGUAAAAUGUGAAGAUAUACAAUGGUGCUCCAUAUUAAUCUCUAUUAAACAGUAUUAAAACUCCAUACUAAAGGAGAAAAAUAUAAAUCACACAACAUUCAAAAAGGUACAUCUACUAAGCAGUGUUAAGACUCAUAAUUUGUCAUCUAGAAUAAUAUCUACUAAGCAGUGUUAAGACUCAUAAUUUGUCACCUAGAAUAUCUACUAAGCAGUGUUAAGACUCAUAAUUUGUCACCUAUAUAAAGACUCAUAAUUUGUGACCUAGAAUUGAUCAUGUGAGCAUUUUCUAAUUUCCUGUAUAGGGAUAUUUAUUGAGAGCAUUCUGUGUCUUUUAUUAGUGUGAUUUAGAGCGUUGCAGGGGUCGAAAUAUUGCUCUUGGACACCUGAAUAAAGGGACACUUUAUUUUGAUCAGUUAACCCUUUAGGGGCACAACUUCUGAAAUAAAGGGGAAUCAUGACGGAAUAUUUCCAUCAUGUGUCAUUAAGGGGUUAAUGGCAUAGAGAGAGUUUACUAACAGUUCUUUGUUCUAUCAUGUUAAACGUAUUCUUGUUGUGCAAUUUGGUGGUUAUAUGCGUAUUGUCAUUUUACAUUGUAUUCACAGAGUCAAGUGAGUUCAGUUAGUCACAACAUCCAUAUAGAUUUUAGUCGUUUGAGCUAAAAUAAAGAGGCCCCUUUUGCUUAAUACAUUUUAUUUAUUGAUUUUUAUUGCAAACAAUUGAAAAUGGAUCCAAGCAUUCAUUCUUAAAGGUGUACUAAUAAGCAUCACAUUCAGCAACAAAAAAUUGUGUUUAGCCUCAAACACAUUUUAAUAUUGUCAAUCAACAAGUAAAAAACAAACAAAAUAAAAGCAGGCUAUGCCAAAGAACACAUGUAAUUAUGUACUUAAAAUACAGUACAUAAUCAUAUACAACCAUAAUAUUAAUGAAAGUAAAAAUCUUGACAUAAUUAACAUAUUUAAGUUACAUAGUUACCAGGGUGGAUUUUACCCAGAGUGAGGAGACAGACGGGGCGAAAAAAAAACAUACAUAGAUUUCUCGACUUAGCCAUGUGCAUUCUUGUUCCAAACCAGUCCAGGUUCUCACCUUUGAAUGAACACUAUAAGUAACAUAACCAGUUCAGCUCACUGUGCUAUCAGCCAUUGCAAUGCACUGUUUCUGUCAAAAAGAGAACUACGGAUUGUUGUAAUUAUGCUUUUCGAAUCUUUAGUCAAACAUUUUAUUUUCAACCAACUACAGUAUAUGGUUGUUUUAUAAAUUACAGAAGCUUAUAUAACAACAUUUUCUAAUCUAAUCGCGCUAGUUCUGUUAUGUUGCAAGAACGCUAAAAGUGACAGAGCUACUUUAAAGGGACAUGCAUCACUUGACUUUAUUUUAUAUAAUACCAGCAAGCAAACACUUUUACAGCAAUAUACAAACUAAAGUAAAGCAAGAAAAGUUUGUAAUAAAGGUUUUUAAACUCACUAUAAACUUUGUCAGUUUGCUUUGUCUGGCACGCCUCUCAGCAAGGGGAGUUUCUUCAGUAAAUUUCACCCACCCAUCUCCGUUUCAUGUAAACAAGUAUAUAUAUAUAUAUAUACACACAUCCAGACCAAUUACAUUCUUUCUAACAAAUGCAUAAAAUGAGCCUCCAGUACUACCUUCCCAUAUUCAGGAACAUUAACAGUUACAGAUAAAUGCAUAGAAUACCAACAAAAGGUAUUCAAAUAUACUGUUUUAAUUAUAAAUGUGAGGAUAUGCAAUGGUGCUCCAUAUUAAUCUCAUCUCAUACCAGGGUAUCUCUUUUAAACAGUGUUAAGACUCCAUACUAAAGGAGGAAAAUUAUAAUAUAGUUAACAAACCAGAACAAUAUGAUAAUUGGCUAAGUAAAAGCAAAGACGCAAAAUAAUAUUACAAACCCUAGUGCAUUACCUCUUUAAUAUGUACGGUUCAUGAAUAGUUAGAAUUUAUCAUCUAAUUCUCCCAGUCUGAUAUGUUGUUAUUUUUGUAUUGUUGUUAUGACUAUGGUAUAUCACAGUCUAUAAUCCAUUUAUCGAAAAGGUAUUACAAUUAUGAAAGACAUACACAUAAUGUUUAUGAUGUGUUGUUUUUGUCUUAUUUAUAUGUUUGUAUAAUGAAUAUAAAAAUAAUAAUAAACGGCACCUAGAUGUAUACUUGCAAAAACAUAAUAUUUAAUGGUAUAAUUUUUUAACUGUAGGGUAAUAGCUUCUUGACCCAAGGAUAAAUAUGACUGCCAUUCUGGGGUCAAGAAGGAUUUUUUCCUAGUUUGUUGCAAAAUUGAAAGUGCUUAAAACUGGGUUUUUUUUGCCUUCUUUUGGAUCAACAGCAAAAAAAGGCAGAACUUGAAUGACAUGUCUCUUUUCAGCCUAUGUAACUAUGUAGACCGUUGUCUCCAAAGGAUGCAUGUCUCUUUUAACCCCUUAAGGACACAUGACAUGUGUGACAUGUCAUGAUUCCCUUUUAUUCCAGAAGUUUGGUCCUUAAGGGGUUAAAUGCUUGUUGAGUUGGCAUGCUCAUCUUUCAUAGUGUCUGCUCAAUAGUUAGCUGCCCGUCAGGCAAGUGAUACUAGGAAGAGGACCUAGUGAUGUAAUAAGUUAAUAAACUAGGGAGGCAGGUGACAUUAAACACAAAUACAAUUUUAGUUCUCCAAAACUCUAUGGCAUUAUGCCCACACACCGAUAUAAAAAUCACUAAAGUUAGGACAUAUAUUUCAACACACUGACUAGACCCACAGAAUAUAUUUGCCUCUGGCUGUCGUGAUAUUGAUUUGUGUAUACUAGUUUUUCUUUUUUUCCAAAGAUGGUUUACGAUAUGCAUAUUUCAAGUGUUUAACAGUCUUGGUUUUAUUUCCCUUUUCCUGUUUUCAUUUGCAAAAUAUAUGAAUCUGUAUACAUAUAUUCUGCAGCUGUGCGAUUCGUAGUGGCAAACCACAGUUUAUCUAGGCCUAAGUAUACUUUCAGGAACGCGAUCAUGCUUCUCCUAUUACAAACAUUCCAAUUACUUAGAAAUGUAUCUGAAUGUUACAUAGCUUUCCAAGCUUUACAAAGAAGGUGUACAAAAUUAUCAGCUCAAAUUCCAAAAUUCUAUAGCUCAGAUUCUACCUGAGCAUAACUAACAUGGGUGCAACAUGGCUUCAAAGGAACACUCCAAGCACCAUAAUCACUGUAACCCUUGGUAGUUUUUAUAGUGCCAGGGGUGCAAUGGUGACCUUUCAAAGUAAUCUGUCAAACUGUGUUUGCACAGUUUGACACUUACCUGGUUCUAGACAGGUGCCAUUGCCACAUGCAGCCAUCUCAAAGCUGGAGAAGCGAGAUGGCGAUGUAGGCGCUCCGUCAUUGGUUGAACGUGUUAGCUGAGUAGUUUCAGCCAAUGCAUGAGCAUCACUAUUAAACAAACUGAAAUCUAGCUUCUUCAACUCUGAGAAAACUGGUGUGGUGCAGUCAUCUGUUGGAAACCAGGUAAGUGUCAAACUGUGAUAAAAAGGUAGUGCUUAUUGUACUUGAAGUGUCUGUUGAAAGGCAGACCCUUAGCAGUAUAACCAGUUUAGCUCAGUUUUGAGGUUAUGGUGCUAUGAAUCUGUUGGUGCCCUCCCCACAGAUUUUCUGUAAAACCAUCUAAGGAUUGGUUUGACAAAACCCGCAGCUCUCCCUGGUACCCAUAUUCCACCCCUUUUCAGCAACACGUAUAAUAAAACUACAAUACUGUAUUAUCACGUGUGAAUCUGUUGGCCCACCGCUGUCACUGUGUCACUCAUUGCCAUUCAGGUUGGACAGAAUCAGACUUGGCAUUGUACAAUUGUUUGUAUAUUGUCCUGCAGUCUAUGUUGUUGCCAGUGUAGCGAUCAAUUAGCCAGAACAACUGUUGUGUGUAGGAUACUCCGAAACCACUCGAGAGAGAGAGGGUUAAAAACUCAAACAUAUUGUAAUUCAAAUGACUUACCUGUUACAACUUUGCAAACCUUAUUUUACCAUUGGCUACAUAAUAACAAAGAUUGAAUUUUUAUGGUAGUUUCUCUUCAGGUAAUAAGACCAGAAACUAAUGAAAAAUUGAGCAGACUAGAUGGGCCGAAUUGCUCUUAUCUGCCGUCACAUUCCAUGUUUCUAGGUGAUACAUAAUGAGACUAUAAAUACUGUCCAUAUGCAGAUUACACUUUAGACAAGUUGCAUUAAGCAGUUGGAAAAUGUCUUGGUUAAUUAAUUUUAAAGACUUUGAAAUUAAUUUAGCAGAUAGUCCGUUAAAAGUCUUUAGUAAGUGGUGUUUACUAAGAUAUGAAGAAUACUUGCCCAUGAGCCACUUAGUCCUAUUUUGCUGAGAGUUUGGCAGCCGAUCUGUUUCAGUGUCAUUGUUGGCACUAGAGUUAAACUGUACCCAGAAUAGCUUAUUACUUUUGAAAGCCCGAGCUGCCGAGGUCUUGGUCUCAAACCACUGUAUUGAUUAACUGCAACAGAAGAGCUUAUUGUAAUAACUUCACAGCAUCUUACACUGAAGCCUCACAAAGAAGAUGUACUGAUGGAAACAACUGAAUUGUUGGAUAUUUUUCAACAGAUGUAAUGAAGUGAGUUAAACAAGUGAAAGAACAAAUCAUUCCUUGGCACUUUUACUUAGUAUCUCAUUGUUGCUUGGCUGCUCAACCCAUUCAUAUUAUACAUUUUCUCAUGGCUUAGAGAAUAGAGCUUAUAUAGUCUUUCCCUUAAAGAAUAUGAAACAUAUUGUUGUAAACUCUCUUCCCUGUUAUCUUGACUCAGAUUUGGAAACCAGACCAGAAAUUUCAGGCUAUACCAUGAUGGCAAGCACUUUGUCGGAGAGAAGAGAUUCGAAUCCAUUCAUGACCUGGUGACAGACGGCCUGAUCACUCUCUACAUUGAGACAAAAGCAGCCGAGUACAUUGCCAAAAUGACAAUAAACCCAAUUUACGAACACAUAGGAUACACCACUUUAAACAGGGAGCCCGCGCACAAAAAACAAAUGCCGGCCCUAAAAGAGACCCACGAGAAGGACUCCACAGGAGAGGACAGCAUAGCAGAAAAAAGGGUAAGUUAUUUUUGAGCAAGUCUUCUCUCUCAUGCUGGGUGGUUUAAAAUAAAAUUCACGAUUGCCAGAGUGCUCUUUAGACCAGGUCCACCAAUUACGCCCUGCAGUGUAUAAAAUCAAUUUCACCCUGUUGCAACAAGAUUUACACGUUCCAGGUUUUUUGGGAGUGCAACAAUCGUUAUGUUGUUUUAACAAUUGUUUUCAUCUUGAGGAUUAUUUCUUGCUAAUGACUUUUUUUUUUUCUCCACUAAAUGUACAUGUUUAAGCUACCAACAAGAGGCCAAUGUUAAUAUGUUUAUGUGGAUACCUGUCUACCUAAAAACUUAUUAACACGCAUCAGGGUUUUCCUGUCUGUCUUGACAGUUUGUGUAUCAUACAUACAUUGUGUGAAUAGACUGCGCUUUAACCCGAUAACAAAUUACCUGGCAGGAGUUUCACGAUGUAUUGGGAUUUGCUUUACCUGUUAUUCAUCUUUUUAUAAAUACACAAAAAAAUAUAUAAUGUAAACAUUUUAAUUAAUUUAGGUAAUUAUAUUAUACAGUUAUUUUGCAUCAAUUAAUGAUGUAUUCUUUAUUCUUUGAUUAAAAAUGUUUUCAAUUGUGAACUUUUGACUUGUCCUUGAUAAAUUCUACUUCAAUAUACUUAGCUGUUUUGCCAUGCAGCAAAAGUCCAUAAUAUAUUUUUUUUUAUUGUAUACAGACUUAAGUGACCUAUUUGAUCUAAAUUAAAUCAGAUUUGCUUCAAAAAUACUGGACAAAUGCCUUCUCCUAUGGCUUAAGCACCAUAAAUAUGUGCUCCGUCAGUCAAAAUCAAACAAGUCCAACUUGCAAGAGUUCUGAAUAUUUGAAAAGUUUUCCUUUACCCACUUGCCCUCUUCCAUCAGAAUCUCUAGCUAUUAAUGUCUGCAUAUUUUGUGCAGUCACAGAGAAGUUUAUAAGUCUAUAAAUUAUUCUGUUCAUUAAGGAGGAUAAGACUCGAGAUCUUUUACACUUGACUUGAUGCAGCUUGUCAGAACCUGGCAGCUCAUAAAAUCUAAAAUAUUAAACGGCUGCUUCAGAAACUUUUCUUUGACAUUGAUCAACACUUUUUACCUUUGGAAUUAAUUAGGUUGUUUAGUACUCACACUGAGCUGAUUAUUAGUGUAUAUUUACUGUCUCAUUAAUUAAUGUGCCUUCUUGUCAACACAUGAGUAACUGUAGAUGUAGAUUUUCCAUUUUUACACCCAUAAAGCACAGGUUUUUUUAUUUUUAUUGUAAGUAAAGUUUAGUAUUUAAAUUUGUAUCUGGUUGAUUGAUAUUUGAGUCCUGACAUCUCUCUAUAUACUACAAGGUAGUUGGUAGAGUAUUACAUGCAUUGCUGGGGAGGGAUUACACCCAAACCAUUUAAAUAAAUCCGUACAUUAAGUACCCUAACCACUUCAGCUCAUUGUAGUUGUUAAUGAGCUAUGAGUCUGUGAAAGGAUCAUAGACUCGGAAGCCAGUGGCAGAGGUAAGAGGGUUGGAAACUGAAUUCAUUGGAGGAAAGAAAAUUUAUGGACACGUCUUUGGAUGCUGUCAAACUGUUUUGGAGUAAUUUAAUUAAACCAACAAACCUCCCAAAAAUCUGUUUUUUCAAUGGCAUCAUUGCUUGCCUUUUGCAUCUGCUCUUAAAGUUACCCAUCGACUUUAUCAAGUGUGUCAUAGAGGUGAAGAUUAAAAAGUAAAUUACAGAAAUAUAUUUUAAUCUAUGUAUUUGCUAGCAAUUUCUGUAGCUCAAUGUUUAGUUUACAUUUUUGAAUAAAUACAAUGAAUCCAAAUUGAAUUUCACAUUUAAAGGGACAUUAUAGUCACCAGAACAACUACAGCUUAUUGAAUUUGUUCUGGUGAGUAGAAUCAUUACCUUCAGGCUUUUUGCUGUAAACACUGUCUUUUCAGAGAAAAUGCAGUGUUUACAUUACAGCCCAGUGAUAAUUUCACUGGCCACUCCUCAGAUGGCUGUUAGAGAUCCUUCCUGGGUCAUGGCUGCCUAAAAUACAUCCAAACAUUCAGUAUCUCCUUCCUCUGCAUGCAGAUAUUGAACUUUCCUCAUAGAGAUUCAUUGAUUCAAUUCAUCUCUAUGAGGAGAUGCUGAUUGUCCAGGGCUGUGUUUGAAUCAUGCUGGCUCUGCCCCUGUUCUGUCUCCUUGUCAGUCUCCCCAAUCCUAUAGGGAAGCAUUGUGAUUGGAUAAGGCUACCACUUUUGAUGAUGUCAGCAGACAGCUUUUUUUCUGAGGAAAACAGCAUGCAGAUCUACAGCUUCAGGCUUGAAUACAGUAAGAUUUUGCUAUAAUUAUGGAGGCAUGAGGGGCCCAGGGGGCUAGAUGGUGGUGUUAACACUAUAAGGUCAGGAAUACAUGUUUGUGUUCCUAAACCUAUAGUGAUCCUUUAAGACCAAAAUAGCCAAAUUUGAAAGCAUAGCUGACAGAGAUAUUUUUCAAUUUGGCUAUUUUCAACUUAAAUUUGAAAUUCAUUUUGAGAGUAUUUAUCAUGGUGAUUUUGGUGUGCAGGACACCUUGCAUCUGCUUAAACAUCCCAUGUAUAUUUUACUUCCCUCAAAUCAAUUGCUUUAAAACUGUAAAGAAUAUUCCCAAAUUUCCCCUUGUAGCAUUUAUUUUCCAGUAUGCAGCUUUUUUGUUUUAAGUGGGGAAUUCCGUGUAGGAUUGUUCAUCAAUCUUCCUAAGUUGGUGGUGUAUAAUACCUUGUGAUUUACAUUUUUAUGCAUAUGUUUGUGUAUUAAUUACUUAAAGUAAAAAUAAAUAUUUAUUGCUUUUAGAUUUGUUGAGAAUUCUAAGUAAAUUUAAAGUGAAUUUGACAUUUUAGACUAAAAUAGUUGAAUUGGAAGCAUAACUGACUUGAAGAAUGAAACUGUUUUGGCCUUAAAGUGGCACUGUCAACACCUGGGGACUUUGCCGAAUUAACAAAGACCCCCGACGAUGACAUCCCUGUUCCGGAAGUGGGGGGCAAGUUGGUGGUUGGGGGUGGGGACUGGUAAAGGUGAGAUUUACUUACGCAAACCUUGUCCCAGCGGGUUCUCUUCAGCUCUUGUCGCUUCAGCGCCAUGAGCUAAAUUUUCUGCUGUACUCUCAUGCAUGCGCAAGAAUAUAGCAUUGAGGUCUAUGGAGGAUCCCGCGAGACUGCAGGAUCCGUGUAGACCAGGCCAGUUCCUAGCAGCAGAUACUGGAGACAACUGUCAGGAUAUACACUGUAGUCAAUCCAGACAGAGUCUAGAAAAGAUAGGCGGAGGAAAUGUACAGAGACAAAGUAGUUCCUACUGACUGUGCCGAUUUAAAUCUGAAAUCCACUUUGAAUAAACUUAAAUUUCCUGACAAUUCUCACUUCAGUAAAUAACCCUGUCCAUCUCUUCUUUUAGUCAUGUGUCUCGGUUACUGCCUUUUCAGUCUGUAACAAGCAAUGCUGUGUCUUGAAAAGGUUGGCUAGCACGCAAGCUUGUAAGCCAGUAGUCUUAAAGUAUUCCCUUGUUAUGAGAAAAAUAAGAUCAGAUUUGGCUUUGCUCGGCAGAUUACAGGAAAUGAGGACAGCGGAACAAAACAGGGGCAUGAAACUGCUUUACAGGAAUCUCUUUAUAUUGGACAUAAUGUUUACAAUGUGAGAAGUGGUUAACUGCUUUUAUCCAUCUGAAAGAAAUAUGUGUUUAUGGUCCUAACGGUAUUAAUAAAUUAAUCCAUGCCAGUAUUUCUUUUUUAAAUAAUGCACUGGUAAUUUCAUGUAGAAUUGUGGUGAAAUUUACAAUCAAAACAAUCAGUAAGAAUAACCACAUGAUUUAUAUAUUUACUAAUACAAUUAAUAGGAAUCCAGAUUCCUUCAUUUAUUAUUUGUAUAACUUCACAAAUUAAUUACCCUAAAAUCCUUGCGCUAUAAACAUUGAAUUUUGGUUCAGGUUGUGGAUAAGAUUUUGUGCAGCACCAGGACAUACAUGUCUAAAUCUGUCUCAUACUGGUGGGAGCAAGUGGUGUUUGUAGUUAUCACCAGUUAUUAAGUCCUUCUAAUGUAAUAUUUCAGGAGAAAAGCUGGGAGUUAUAGCGUAAUCUAGUUGUUCUGCUGUCUAUAUCGUGUCCCUGCAGGAAUUUUACUUUAAACUUUGCCUUUUCAGAGAAAAAGGCUGUGUUUACAUUGCUGCCUAUAGGCACCUCCAAUUGUAGUAAUUUAGAAGGCCACUAGAGGUGCUACCUGGGUCAGUGUGGCACAGACUUUCAGCAUUUCCACGCUUUGCAUGGAGUUGCUGGAAUUUCCCCACAGAGAUGCAUUGUGUCUGAUUGGUGCAAUAGUCUCCGAAAGCGUUCCUAUGGGAAAGCAUUGGAUUGGCUGAGAUCAUCUGUUCUGAUAAUCUCAGUCAAGGAGGUGGAUCUGGUGCGAAGUGCUUGCAUAAAGGUGAGUUUUAAGAGGGGGUUAGGGACCCAACAUGUGUUUUUAUACUAAAAGCUCAGGAAUACACAUAAUAGGUUUGCAUACUACAGUUCUUUGUAGCUUUAUAAUUGCACUCUAAUAUGCUUUCUAUUAACAUAAAAGUAUAUUUCUGUAUCUAAUGGGGUGUGCAUUAAAAUUUUUAAAUUGUGUCUCCAUAGAGGGAAUAGUGUGACUGAUCAGGUGCAGGUGUCUGUUCAAGAAACUAGCAAACUUUAAAUUUUUAUAUAAACCAAAAUUUGAGUUGUUUUAGUUAAAGCGAUACUAUAGUGCCGUGAAUUCAAAGCUGGUAGACAGCCAUUGGAGGCAGACUUAGUGCUGCAAUGUAAACAUUGCAGUUUCUUUUGAACUGCAAUGUUUAACAAAAGUGCCAAAGGGACACUGCACCCAGACAACUUCAAUAAGCCAUACAUAAGUUAAACGAAAAGUUAAAAGGAUUUGCCGUAACUUAUUUCAAAGGAAAACUAAAGGGUUCACAAAUAGGUAUUCCUGAUCCUAUAGUGUUAAACAAUUGUAUCUAGCCCCCGUGCCCCCUCUAAAUAUACGUAAACCUUACCUUUAUUCCAGUCUGCUGAUGCUGGCUCUGCCCCAAUCUGCCUCUUUUGUUGACAUAAUCAGAAGUGAUUAUCUCAGCCAAUCACAACGUUUUCCAAUAGGAAAUCAUUGGAUUGGGUGAGAUUGUCAGCCUGACUGGAGGGCGGAGUCAAACUCCACUCUGGCCAAGCAGCACUUCCUCAUAUAGAAGCAUUGAAUCAGUACAUCUCUAUGAGGAAAAUUCAUUGUCUCCAUGCAGAGGGUGGAGACACUGAAUGGCAGACACACUGUGCAGCACUACCCCAAAAAACACCUCUAGUAGCCAUCUGAAUAGUGACCACUGCAGGUGUCCCUAGGCUGUAAUGUAAACACUGCAUUUUCGCUGAAAAAACUUGUUCACUGCAAAAAUCCUGCAAGGACUGACUAUACUCACCAGAACAAAUACAAUGAGCUGCAGUUGUUCUGAUGACUAUAGUGUCCAUUUAAAGGCGUACUCCGAAGGACAACACUGAUGACACGCCAUACAUAGGUUAAAGUGCAAUGAGCUUCUCUGUCCCAUCUCUCUCCCUUCUAUUCUCCCGUCAGUAAAUGCAUGAUCCAGGUCCAGAAGAUCUUGAAGCUUUGUGCCAAGCUUUUCCCUGCAGUUUCUGUUGAAUCUUUCCUGGACUUCUAACUAAUCUUAACAUCCGUUUGACAAAGUUAGCGUGUGUAGCAGUGAUACAUAACAAGUGAUUCGAAUUCUCUUUAACAACACUAAAGCAUUUAUGGGAGAACUGUGUAAAAGCCCUAAAAUAAAUCAAACAAACAAGGGUCAGUCUAAACAAUAAUACAUUUUCAGUGAGUCAGACACGCUGCUCAAAUUCUGAUUCUUGGGGAAAAAAAAUAAAUUUUUCAAGUUACUCAUGUACAAGAUUAAAGGUGUUGACAUCACAAAAGAUUGGAUUGUGCGUAAAUCAUUGAUAACCAUCGUGUUCAUGUGAUUCUUUUGAAUGCUUUGUUCAUUCUUGAUCUCUUUAUUUAUACAUUGCCUUACAGCGCCGAUAUCAUGAGACUUCAGUAGGCAACACGCUCUUCUUCAGAUUUUAUGCUUUCCAGUUUGAUAGUUCAAAGGAAAUUCAUAUUUACUGUAGUCAUUAGCGUUCCCACAUUUAUGUCUGCGUAUUCAAUAUUUCCUUUCCAGUGGAAGUGAUUGGGGUAAAUGGCAUUAACUAAUGUAUUGGGAUAUAGAUAGCACUCUUCCAUAAGUACAAGAGACUAUUAUAAUAAAUUUGUCUCGAUUAUACAGUUGUAACUGUUCCACUGAUCUGUGGCUUAUUUUAAUAGUAUUCACAAUAGUUGUUGUUGUUUUCCAAAUCUCUGUAAUGCGAUUCACAAGUCUCUCUGAUGACGUUGUCACGCUGACUUCUUUUCCAGCACAUUGACUGAAGCCAUCAGUUACUCCAUUCCUAUAUCUCCUCUACAGGUGCAAAAAGAACUUGCAAGGGGAAUACCACUGUGGCAGAGAGCAGGAGAACCACACCUGUCACUUAGUCCGUGACAUAGACUUCAGAAGUACUACUAAAGUAAAUCUAUACCUUUGCUAGAGUGAUGCAUAAAUUAUAUUUUACAACACUUGUACGUCUAAGGCAAAGGAAAGGUUUUUUUACUGUAAGAACAAUAAGGAUUAAGAACAAUAAGGAUGUGGAAUUAUCUGCCUGAAGAAGUGGUUUUAUCAGAGUCCAUACAGAUGUUCAAACAUCUACUAGAUGCAUACUUGCAAAAACAGAAUAUUCAAGGAUAUAAUCUUUCAAUGUAGGGUAAUAACUGCUUGAUCCAAGGAUAAAUCUGACUGCCAUUCGGGGGUCAAGAAGGAAUUUUUUUUCCUAGUUUGUUGCCAAAUUUGAAGUGCUUCAAACUGGGUUUUUUGCCUUCUUUUGGAUCAACAGCAAAAAACAAAUGUGAGGAAGGCUGAACUUGAUGGACGCAAGUCUCUUUUCAGCUAUGUAACUAUGUAACUUGAUCCUUUGUUGUUAACAUCAAUUAGCACAAUUGAAUUUUAAAGAGACACCAAGCUUAAAGGACCACUAUAAGCACUUCAGCUCAAUGAAGUGGUCUGGGUGCCAGGUCCCUCUAGUUUUAACCCUGCAGCUGAAAACAUAGCAGUUUCAGAGAAACUGCCUUGUUUCACUGAGGGUUAAUCCAGCCUCCAGUGGCUGUCUCACUGACAGCCGCUAGAGGCGCUUCUGCGAUUCUCACUGUGAAAAUCACAGUGAAGACGCUGGACGUCCAUACGAACGCAUUGAGUAAUGCUUUCAUAUGGGCUGUUGAGAGGGAACUCUGAGGGUGGGGGGGACCUAAUGACCCUAUAGUGCCAGGGAAAGAGUUUGUUUUCCUUUAAAGGGACACUCCAGGCACCCAGACCACUUCUGCCCAUAAUUACCUUGCAGGGUUAAGUCCCCCUCUAGUGGCUGUCUAUCAGACAGCCACUAGAGGGACUUCCUGAGGGACUUUGUUAGAACACGAAAAGUGUUUUAAACGAUGCUGGACGUCCUCACGCUAUGCAUGAGGACCUCCAGCAUCACCGGAAUCCCCAUAGGAAAACAUUGUGUGCGCGCCACAGCCAUUGUGUAGGCGGAGCUGUUUGACAUCAGUGCUGGACCCAGGUAAGUGACAGAAGGGGUUAAUAGCCCCUUUUGCACCAUGGGGGGGGGGAGUUUGACAAAGAGGGAAGCUAUAGUGCCAGGAAAACGAGUUUGUUUCCCUGGCCCUAUCGUUUCCCUUUAAUAAUUGAGCAGAUAGAACAUAUAUAAUUUUACCAAGAAAGAACUAAUGAAAGUUUAACUUGAAAAUUGGAAACCGUAUGUGCAAUUAUUUAAAUGUAAUAAUUCUUUAUUAUUGGAAGUUAUCACAUUAAGAAAUAAUUAAGCACUUCACCUCAUAUAACUUUGUUUCAUGUGCUGGGUGCGGGUAUGUCAUUUUACUAAAAACCUAUGCAGUAUAACCUCAAACUAUUUAUUCCCUAGAAUUUCAACUAAUCUAAAUUAGUAUAAUACAGUAUUCUAAAUUCCCUCAAAAACUUUAACAUUUCAGUUUAAAUUUUUUGCUUGCCUAGCAUCUCGUUCAAUUUUAGAUAUGUAGUAUAAUAAAAACCAGGGCUGUCCUGGUGUCCAAAUCCUGCUUUUUUUUUUUCCUUGCUGCCGAGAUGAAGUGUACAGAAACUGAAAUUACACUCAAAGCCACUACAAUACACUUUAGUGGUUGUAGUGUUUCUGUGAAGCAUUUUUCAAUCAUAAAAUAUUGUGUUACACUGUUACAGUGGAUAUCUCUAAAUAAUUUGCUGUGUAUAUUGAUAUCUAAUGUUUUUGUUAAAGGACCAGUUUGGGCACCAUAAUAACUUCAUCAAGAUGAAGUUGUUAUGGUGCCAAAAUGUCCCUGGCUUACCUUUAGGGCUUAAGCUGUUUACAAACAAUUGAACCCCAAAGCUUGUGCUCUGGCGCUGGAUCAUUCUGAACCCCUGAUUUUACACCACUGAUUGACGUAUAGCUGUUAGUUAUCUAGGGGGGGCACUUUUUUCCUGUCUUAUUUUUUGAUACCGUGCUUACUUUAUUUUGUGAUGUGACUUUUAGUAUAAAGGCACUGCAUAAUAUCAUGCUUUUCUUUAUUUCUGUAAUGCAAUGUUUUGCCAAUUUCUUAAUUGUUCAAAAUAAAGAAUCCUCCAAAAAAAUGUCUCACUUGGUGAACAAAGGAAAGAAGGUAACCCCUUAACAUGCCUAAAUUCUAGUGAAUUGUCAUGUAAUUAAAAUUAUGACUGGCAACCUUUUAACAGCUAUUCAGAAGAUCAGAUAACUAAAUAAUAUUUACUUACUGUAAAAAGCCAUAUCUAUUGGUUCCUAAUAUUUAUCCAGACAAUAUUUACCGGGAAAAAAAAGUAAACUGAUUUACGCAGUGAGAAUGGUGAGUGUAUGGGGACUUCUUAAGCUAGGAUAAACAUGUCUGCUCGCUGCUGAUAUUGGCUUCUCUUAUUCUCUCUUUUGUAGGAAGUGCAGUAAUAUUUACAGUAAUUAUCCUGUCUAAUACUUGCCAGAAAUCUUUUUGUUUGAACCUGUUUUCUGUUAAAUCCCUUACUAUUGUGUGAGUAUGUAUUUAUUUAAUAGAAUUGUUACUCUCUAGUAUAGAUGACCUAAUUUUAAAAUAUAUUUUUUAAUAUAUAUCAAUACAUCCAGCUUGAAAAAGGUAGUACGUGUGUGUGGUUUAAGGGAGAGAACAUGUUUAAAAGAUUCUCUGCAAAAAAACAAAACCAUUAAAUAGGGAAAGACAUAAUGGUCCGAUAGAGGUAGUUAUAAAAUGGGCCACCUAAAUAAAGAUUUGCUAAGUAGGGGCAAAGGUAGAAAUAGAAUACCAAAAUAAAUAUUUAUUAAGGAAAACUGUCAUAAUAAACAUUAUUUUGUCAUAUAAAAAUGUAUCAUUUUGGGUAUAAUGCCAUAUUCAUGAUGACCCUUGUUUGCCAGAUGUCUGUAGAGGUGUUAUGCAGCUUCUGUUUUAUGGGUGUGAUAUACGAUGCUUCCUUUGUGUUGUUAUUUUAUUGAUAGUACUUAUAUAUUUCAAUGCUUUUCCAUUCCAGUUUCUCAUUUCUGUAUGUUUUCUGUUGAUGCUUGUGCUGAAAGGGAUCUCUAAGUUUUCUCUUAGUUAUGGUAGUUGUAGACCAACAGCAGCAGAAAGUCUACUUUUUGGCCACUGCUGGCAUAAAUCCCUAGAGGUUUGUUUUUUUGAAAAACAGAAUUUGUACUUGUGUUACUUUCAUCAGUGUUUUUUUUACUAUGACGCUCCGUGAUUGUGUGAAUAGAAGAAGGGCAAAGGGAAGACCAUGUGUGGCAUUGUUGGUGCGUGUUAGUUUUCAAUUUUUUGAAUGAAUACAUUUUAUCUUGAGAUUUCUUGACGUAGGGAUCUGUACAGAAACUUUAGGUUUAAGUUUCAGAAGGACAGUUCUAAUAUGUAACACAUAUGAAGUCAGUGGGGUAAGGCUGGACUUUACACCGUAUUUGGUUUUUCUAAUGCCUCUAGAGGAUUUAAGAAUUGGUCUAUGAGUGAGUUUAAGUACGCGUGGGAUAGGCAGAAGACUAUCCUAACUAUAAGAUAAGGCAAAGGACUAAUGAAAGUAUUUAGAAAAUUGGGCAGACUAGAUGGGCCGAAUGGUUCUUAUCUGCCGUCACAUUCUAUGUUUCUAUGUCUAGAAUGAAGAUAAUGACUCAGUUUUGGAGAUAUUAAUAAUCAGUCUUUUAAUACUAUUAGGAAAUUGUCCAAUACCUGGUUGCUUCUGAUUGUGGCACUGAACUAGAACUGUUAUAUUACUUGAAAGAUAUUUUUCAUCUGUGAUUAAUGCUUAAGAAUCAUAGUCCUUACACAAUUACUCUAAACCAGGGCUGCCCAAUAGAUAGAUCCCCAGAUGUUGUAGAACUCCAACUCCCAUGCUACUCUGCAUGCUUUUAGAAUGCAUUUGGAAUGGCAAAGCAUCAUGUGUGUUGGUGUUCUACAACAUCUGGGGAUCCACCUAUUGGGCAGCCCUGCUCUAAACCAUCGGUUGAUGUACUAAGCAAUAUUGUAUCAGUGGGAAUUUUAAUGAACUGUUAGUGGUCUUUUACAACGUAGAACAAUUUCCCCAAUCCAUCACCGGGAUACGACCACAGAAUAGAAGGCAAAAGAAUAUUGGGCAGUAUGUGUGAAUAUAGCUUCUAGAUCAAUCAGUACUAGGGCUUAAUGGUAUUGGUUUCAGUUUUAAUGAUGUUUUGCCAGCUACAGGAUUAUUGCAUUACUCCCCUCGCCCUUCAUAAAAUCAGUCAAUUUUUGUAAGCAGGUGUGCACAGAGCUUUGUAAUAUAUAGAAACAUAAACGAUUUGCAACAGUGUGACGAUGUAAUGCAUGUCAGUUAGGUAGGAUAAAUAAUGUCCCUUAAUCCAUGAAGUCAAAUCUGCACUUUGUUGUUUAUGAAGGUUAAGUUUAUAGUGCUACACAUAUCUGUCAUAAAAAUGUGAUUUAUCCGCUACCACUGGGUCAUAUUUAUAUAGCUGUCUGCUAUAUAUGAACAUUUAUUUUUUACUUCACUAUUCUUUCAAGGUAUAUCUGCAAAAUCUCCAACAUGACAUAUUUAGUGGUGGGCCAUAUUAUGUAGUAUACCUUUAGUCAUGUUCUAGUACAUUCUGUUUUAUUAAUAUUUUGGAGUUUCCUUUAUAUGUAAACCAUACAGAGUAUGAUGGGAAAUUUUGUGAGGUAUUCCGCAUCCGAACACAAUGGGAAAAUAUUUUAUUGUAUUUUAAUCUUAUUGUGAAAUAUAUUAGUAGCUGGAAGGCAUGUUGCAAUGAGCAUUCAUAUUCCGGAUGGACAUUCGCAAGUUCUAGCUAUGUGUAUUUCUGCAGUGCUGCUGCAAUUAAGAAUUGAACUUGGCAGUAUCCUUCAGCCACUUGAUCCAUGUCAGGUUAUUUCGGAUAAUUCUACAUUUUACACAUUGUGGCUGUUAAUGGAUACUGAGGAGUGGUUUGAAUAUCACUGAUCAGGAGGACAAAGGUUCAAGAGGGUUAUUUAGUAUUUUAUUUUGGUCAUGUGAAUAAUUCUGCAUUUUGAUAUUUGAGAAAGAAAAUCGUUACAGUAAACGUUAUAAUAAAUCUUAUAGUAAAUGUUGAACCAUGAAGAUUUUAUUGUGAUGAUAAGCAGCUUUUUUUAACUUAAAGGAAAAUCCUCAUAUUGGGUGGUAUGAGAUCAGGACGGUGUGGGCAGGACAAAGGGUGGCGUCAUCAUUGAUGAAGCGACCACUGAAGGUGCCUGUUUGAUCAGCCUCUGACCUGUAGUUCGUUGUAGAGAGGGCUGCUGAAACGCCUGUGCACAUCUAGUGAUGCCAGAGGAAACAUCCCUGGUGUCCCCAGACGCAGGACACAAGGGAACUUUUAAUCGGGAAGGUGGGACUAUCUCGACAAUAUCAGGACUGCUAUGGGGGCCUGUCUGUGUGUUUUAUUUUACACUGUCUACACACAAGUAAAAAACUCUUUUCAGUUUACCACCUGGCUUACCGUUGCUCUAUGGGGCAGCUGUAUUUUGUCAUCUUUGGUCUAUUUUCAGAUAUCUCCUCACCUGUUUAUGGACUCUAAGCAUUUCUAAUGACAAUGUUUGUCUACUGAGAAAUGCUUCAGACCUGGGAAAGGGAGGUUCUCCCGAAAGCUUGUCAUUAAAAAAUUCUGUUAGUCCAAUAAAAAAGGUAUUACAAGAUAAGAAUUUUCUGUUUUUUACAGAUACUUCACACUAAUUUAUUAGGCUAAUUCCUUCUCGUACCUCUAGAUCAAGGCAAGCAACCUUCGUCACUCCAGAUGUUGUGGACCAUAUCUCCCCAUUAGUGAUGUCGCGAACCGUUCGCGAACUUCCCGCGAACGGCUCGCCGUGGUUCGUGGCGAGCUCCGGUCAGCUGACACAUCCCGGCCAAUCUCCAGCAGACCCUCCCACCUCCUGGACAGCAUCCAUGUUGAAGCUGCCUUCAACAUGGAUGCUGUUCAGGAGGUGGGAGGGUCUGCUGGAGAUUGGCCGGGAUGUGUCAGCUGACCGGAGCUCGAGCUGUUCGCGGGAAGUUCGCGAACGGUUUGCGACAUCUCUACUCCCCAUAUGCUUUGUCGGCAUUACGGUUGUAAGAGCAUCUUGGGAGGCAUAGUCCAGCCCUGCAACAUCCCCUGACACUUUUUAAAAUGGAUAGUGUGUCACGGGUAUGUUGCAGGGCCUCUGAUGUGCAGAGAGUUGCUAAAGUGAUCUGAUUCGAGUUCAAUGUACAGAUUACUCUGCACAAUGGAACUGCAUCCAAAGAAGUGUUUGUAGUAUGAUAAUGGUGGGGACAGGAGCCUAAAUUUGCUAUUGACUUCCAAACCCAGGACUGUAACAUGGUAUGAAGAGGUAGCUUUUCUAGAGAUGUCUCUCGUAAGUCAAAAUUCAUCACACGACUGGUUUUUAUACGAAGAAUCUCGUUCAGAAAAGCUGUUGACAAUGGAGUGUCAUUAGAGUUUCUAAGUAAAAACAUUCCAAGUAUCGGGGUGUAUUUUUUAAAAUAUAUUUAGUGUGUGUCUCCGCCACGCUCUAGUGCUGUAUAGUGAUAAUAAAAAGUGCCGGGCACUAAGCGUUUAACUAGGCCAAGGGCAGCCUAAAAUGUCAAUACACCUCUUGUUGAGUAGCAAGGGUAAAUUAGUAUUAAAUAGUAACAGACUUGUGAAGUUUUGUAAACACUGCUGAUAGACCCUAUCUCAGUGGAGCAAUGAAUGUUUAUUGGAUACAAGAUAAUAAGAACAUUUUUUUAUGUACAUCCUCUGUUCAGGGAGUUGUAUGCACAUGCCAAAGCACAUUCUUUUGAUAUCAUGUUCGGUGAUCUUUUGCUCUGAAGGGUGGUUGGUUCUAAACGUUUUGUUUUUUUAAUAUUGUCUACAAAAAAUUUAUAUUAUAGACAUUUCCGCUUUUCCAUCUCUUACUUGUUGCUAUGGCUGCUUAGAAUGCAUUGGAAUACAGUCACAAAUACAGCAAUGUCAUUUUUCCAGUCGGAAACCUGCUGGGAAAUAACUUUAGACUGGUUACGGAACAGGAAGACCUUAUCAACAAGAUGAAUAGUACUGCUUAUGGGAAACAUGUUGAUUUCAUUAUUAUGCUUUGAUAUAUUUAGAUUGAACACUGUCUAUACACAGUCUAUACUCUGCGUGUCCCUGGAACAAGUAGAAACGUGGUAUUUAAUGUAUACGUAUCUCAUUUUUUGUUUUCAACAUGGACAUUCUUUUUCUGAGAUUAUUACACUGGGUGGGAUUUCUUUUCCUUUUUUGUAACUGAAUGUUUAUAUUUCUUUCAUUUGCUUGCAGUGGUGUAUCAUUGGUAACAAUCAAAAUGUAUCUGUCAUGGUUAUUUUUUUUUUUUUUAUAUAAUAAUUUUUUUAAUGAGUGUUUAAGAGUGAGUAUAAGUGGGAGGGCGAAGCCAGCAGCUAACCCGAGCACACACGUGUCAGCAGAGCUCCGCCAAAAUAAGCCUGAAACAAGUGAUUUAUUCACCCUAAAAGUACCAUUUUUCAACCCCCACUACGAUAACGCAGGAUGGGGAAGAAAUCCAAGCACCAGGGAACCGCAAAACCAGCUGGGGCACGCGACAUUGGGGACCUUCUCCUUCGUCCCGCAAAGGCCUCAGGCCUCACCGCGCCAAAACAAAAUGGCCAACGCGACCUCUGCCUCCUCCGAGGAACAAGCAAUGGAUGAGCUGGAUGAGUUCCCGGGCUCUGGAGGCUUACACCACCCCUCCUCCGACGAGGAUUGCGAGCUACCCUCCACGAAAGGAGAUAUUAAUGCCCUCCUCCGCAUGAUGUUCGCUGCAGAUAUAGCUACACUGCGUGAGGAAAUACAAACUGUGGAGGGGAGAGUCAAGACUAUGGAGGGAAACUAAGACCUAACAGCCCGAUGCAUACAGCUGGAAGCCCAAAAUACUGAGCUGCAGCGCAACCAGUCUCAUCUUACCAGCCGCCUCGACGCACUAGAAGAUCGGCACAGGAGCAGAAAUUUAAAAAUCCGGGGAAUCCCGGAGACAGUGACCCCGAGCGACUUACCGCAGUACUCCAGGAUACAAAUUGCCUCCUUACUCACACCACACCAAGCAAACCUUGCCGUGAUCGACGGGGUCUACCGCAUCCCGAGAGCCGCCAGAGCCCCAGCAGACACCCCAAGGGAUGUCAUACUACAACUACAGACACGGUCAGCUCAAUUAACCCUUAUGACAGCGGUGAGAGAAAAAGCUAAUCACCUUUUUGAAAAAGCCACCUUGUUUUUCUACCGGGACUUGUCCAGGCCUACGGUGCUCUGGAGAAGCCGAUUCAAACCACUGACCACCACACUCCGCCACCACUCCAUCCCAUACCGGUGGACAUUCCCCAGAAACCUGGUCAUCUCCCAUGAGGGAGCCACAACCCGCUUAACAGAUGCAGCAGAAAUGGACUUAGUGCUGAUAGCUCUGGUGUUUAGCGACAUACCCAGCACCAACCACCCAAGCUGCAAGACAGCAGCCCCCUCACGUCUGGGACAUGACCAAAAUACAACCGUUCCAGCCGAUUGGGACCUCCACCGCAUUCAGAGCGCAGAGGGUUGGCCGCCAACCAACGGGCACCUGAGUCAGGGAGGUGUAUACAGGGGAACAGACUACCAUAACUGUCCGACUAUACUGCUGAGUUUUAAUUUUAAUUUUAGUUUCGAUUUUAAUCUUAUGUUCCGUUGUUGAUGCUAUCUGCCCAGACAUUGCAUGUCAUAAUUAUCUUAAUGCCUCAAAAUGUACAUCGUCCAACACUAGAGAGAGGACAAACUCAUACAGACCACUCAGGGAUACGGGGACAGGGAGCCGAAGACUGCCUCGAAUAGGGCGACUGUAAAAGGGCCAAGCAUGGACAGCCUACCCCCCUAUAACAAACAAAUAACUAGACUUACCUUACACACCACCUUCCUGGGACCUAGGUUACCCGGCUACAUUCACUAUAUGAAAGGAGUAGGCUGAAACCCUUAUUUACUUAUUUCUUGUCUGCAGCCCUUUAACUUUCUGUGGGCAAUAAUCUCAUUGUGACCCUGUGCACCAAUUCCCCAAGCAUUUGACACCCAGUGGCAUUACUCAGCUAACAGUUAUUCACCAUGUCUAGCAGUUAUCCUAUGUUUGAAUGUGUUAUGUCCCCAAUUAAGUAGACAUCUCCGCUCAACAUUAUAAUUACCCUAUAAAAUGGGCUUCCUCAUCGGCAAGCCACUCAAUGCAAAAUUCUCACAGUACAAUCCAUAUUAUUCCUGUUAAUGUCUCUUACCAUGUACUGUGCUAUACCUAUCCAUCUUUAAAGGACCACUAUAGGCACCCAGAACACUUCCACUUAAUGAAGUGGUCUGGUUACCAGGUCUAGGUAGGGUUAUCCCUUUUUUUUUUAUAAACAUAGCAAACAUAACAUAGACUAAAUGGUGGGUUUACCACUAUAGGUUCAGGCAUACAUGGUUGUGUUCCUGACCCUAAAGAGUUAAUUUAAGGGGAGACCUGAAAGGCAUUUUUAAAGAAGUACCGUAUGUGUUUUUAAGAAUUUUUUAAAGAACUGCAGAAACGGUGAGUGUCCUAUAUCCCAUGGGAGGGCAUUCCAUAAGGGUUGGCAUCCCUGAAGAAGUCCUGCAGGCGAGAGUCUGGGUUUCAGGUACAAGAAUGGGAUUGUAACAGGAUUGUAAUCAAACAGGGCACGGUUAUGGAGAGUUUUGUAAGUAAGCACAAGAACUUUGAACCAAAUCUCAAUUGAAAGCGGAAGCUAGUUUAGGGAUUGACAGAGCGCUGUGGUUUGAGAAUUCUUGGAUGUAAGUCUUGGAUAAGUCUGGCAGAGGCAUUCAUUACGGACUGUAGAGGCAGAGGGUCCAACAGGCAGAGGGUUACAAUAAAUAAGGAGGGAAUCAACUAGUGUACUGUUUGCAUCCUGAGUGAGAAAAGAUUGAAUGUGAGAAAUAUUUUUAAGGAGGAAGAGACCGCAUUUGGUGAUAGAUUCUAUGUAAGGGAUGAAGGAAAGACCAGAGUUAAAGAGCACGGCAAGGCAACGCAUUUAAAGUGCAUUGCUGCUCAAAACAGAAUGCUUCAGCAGUGAUCUGUACAGGAGCCACCUUGAUUGGUUGUCUUUAGAGCUUUCUGUCAUCCUUGAAUACAUUUGCACUGACAGGAAUGAUACUAACCUGUUGCGACUGCAAGCAUCACAUGGCAGACAUUCCUUCCCUGCCCUCUCGAUCUACACCUCCCAGCAUUUGGUGGUAUGUGUUACCAGGUCAGAGGAGGACAGCCCAUAACACACUGAAUCAUGUAGCAAGGAGAUGAAUGCAGCGGAUACUGUGGAGAGACCUAAUCAAUACAUUAAAAUAUUGUUAGAACUGAAAGGGUGUCUUUUUUUUUUUUUUAUAUGAUUGCUUACAUUGUUCUUUAUUUUGUCAUGUAAGCUGUUUAUCCAACAUGAACAUUCUCAUCUUAUAGUCAUUAUAGCACAACAGCAGCUUAAUGUCAUGUAAUUAAUUAGAACGGUCUUGAAGGCCGACGUAUUGCAUGUCUGCACAUGGAAAAUAAUUGAGAGAGAUAUUGACUGAAGCAAUGUCCAUUAACCUCAUCAACCGACAGGAAUAUCUGAUUCUUCUUCCACAACAGGCAACAACUUGGAGCUUUUUGCUACUGUGGCUCCCUACCCUCCUCACAAAACUAGACAAAACGGUCAGAUGCAAAAUUUCAAGCAGUAGAUGAACAUUUAAAACAUUCAGCAUCUAUACCAUAUACCAUAUAGUGCUUACUCUUAUCAGCUAGACUCUAAAGAUACCUUAAAUACUGUCUAAUCCUGUUCAGUCUAUCUGUAAUGCAAUGCACUAUUUGCGGAUCCAUAUUUCAUUGUCUUUGCAUAUGCUCCAGUAAGUAAAUAAUGUAUGAUCUAUACAUUUGAUAGCUUGUUAUUCUUCCUAUUAAGCAAGCUUGCCAUCUGUGGCAGAUUUAUUGUACUACUUGGGAAAAUUAAUUAGAUGCGCUUGAUAUAUUACAAAAAUAAUCUGUUGUGUUGGGGGAUUAGGAAGGGGGUUUGGUCUGCAAUUUGUGUAGACAACUGGUGUUGUAUAGGUAUUGUGAAACAAACUGGAUUGUUUGGCAGUACCCAUUCUCACCACCGCCUCUGUUCCUCUAAAAUACAGAGUAUGAAGGCGGGCGAAUGUCAUUUUGGAAUCUCAUGCAUAUGCAAUAAAAGCUAUGUAGGUCAGAAAAACAUAUUUUGAUCCUCACUCUUAUGUGUACCUCAAACCCUGAAAGGAUAGAACAUAAUUAAAGUUACACAUAGAAAUAGAAUGUAUUUAAAACAAUACUGAAGGCAAGGAUCAGUUCUAUUGUUUCGAGAAUGUCAUGAUUUCUUGAAGAAAACAUUUAAUUGUCCAAUUGAAUAAGUCUUUGCUCAUCAUCUGCUGUACAUUGUCUGUUUUACCCAAAAAGUUAUCAAACUGUAAUUAAAAGGAGGAAGAGUGUAUCAAAUGUAGAAAUUAGGGGAAGAUCUGUUUGCAGAUCUCAUGUGUCCCUUGGCACAGUGGAACAACCCUGAAAAUAGAAAUAUUAGAUGAAACUUGGAUGGGGAAGCAAAUUGAUUUGAUGGAUUGAUAUUAAUCAGUGGUUAGUUUUCUUUGAUGAUGACCAUAUAAUAAGGGUAUUUUAAGCAAGUCUCUUUCAUAGAGAGUUUGUCUAGUGAAAUAUGUCCACAAUAAACUUGUGUAGGUUAAUAUACAGAUAUUAUUUGCAAAGAGUCCUGUUAUUUGCCGUCUGCCACAUUUUGUGUUGGUAGAGAGAAACCUAGAAUGUGACGGCAGAUAAGAACCAUUCGGCCCAUCUAGUCUGCCCAAUUUUCUAAAUACUUUCAUUAGUCCCUGGCCUUAUCUUAUAUCUAGGAUAGCCUAAUGCAUAUCCCACGCAUGCUUUAACGCCUUCACUGUGUUAACCUCAACCACUUCAGCAGGAAGGCUAUUCCAUGCAUCCACUACCCUCUCAGUAAAGUAAUACUUCCUGAUAUUAUUUUUAAACCUUUGCCCCUCUAAUUUAAGACUAUGUUCUCUUGUUGUGGUAGUCUUUACUAUUUAAAUAUAGUCUCCCCCUAGAUAGAUGGAUGGAUAUAAGUAUGUAUGUAUGUUUUCAGCGCUUUAAAGUCCUACACUACUAGCUAGGCCUAAAGGUUACUUGCCACUGUAUGCUUAGUGUGCUUGGCUCAGUCACCAAGGGUGAAUUUCUACUUGCCAGAACUGAAUUUCCACUCACCAGAAGAGUGUGUAGAUGCCAUGUAUAUUGAUAUGCACUACAGGUAGUCCUCAUUUUGCAACCUACCUGUUUUACGACGGCUCGCACUUACGAGCAGCUCUCUCGCGGGGUGGUAAGUGCAAGCCAUCUAAGGAAUUAGAGGGAUUCCCUGCUUUGCUGCGUUCUUUUAUGUUCUGGGAUAUUUCCCCAAAUAUAGACAAACUCAACAGAGCAGGGAAUCCCUGUAAUCUAUGUUCGGGGAAAUUUCACUGAGCAUAGAUUAGAGGCAUUCCCUGCACUUGUGCAUUUGUCUAUUUUCGGGGAAAUGUCCCUGAACACAGACAUACGCACCAGAGCAGGGAAUCCCAUAAUUCUAUGUUCGGGAAAAUUUCCCCCAAACAUAGAAGAACUUGGUAGUAAAUAACCAGUUUUCAUAUGUUUAUUUGAACAUUUGCUAGUGAUUUUGAUUAUUGUAAAAUCAGUGAAUGAAGGAUAUUUAUAUACCCUUUGUAAUAAAAGCUGUGAAUGAGGAUUAUUUAUUUACUUUUAGAGCUGCCUAUUGUUUUGUAAAAAAAAAAUAAAAAUGAUUUCUGAUAUUGUUUUGAGACGCAUACCAGAAACCAAAAGCCAGUGGAAACUAAGUGGAAUAGAGAUCGGAAGAGAAAAAAAACCUGUCUUCGUUAUAAUCUCUGCACUUUGUCAAAGUUUGUUACCAAAGACAAUAAAGGAAGCAGUGCAGGUUAGGAAGUAUGACUAACCAUAUUCGUGGAAGCAAUGUAAUCCCCCGUUCCUGCAGUAAGUCAAAAAAAUCUUCUCCUUUCUGAAGAAUUUCUCAGGACUCUGUAUAUUGCUGUGAUUUGCUGCACAUUGUACGCAAAACUACUUUUUACUGCGUCAGCUGACAAAAGUUUACAUUAUAAUAUUGAAAUUUUAAUUUUCCAUGCAUCUUAUUUGCAGCUUCUUGUUAAAUUAUAGAAAUACAUUUCCUCUAAACGUUGUGUUAAGGGAAUUACUGGUACUAAAAAUAUAUAUAACUAUAUAUAUAUAACUAAUAGAGUUAUGGUAGGGAACAAAAGUGAUUGAAAACCCCUUCUACCCGAAGUCAGUGGGUAGUCAAUACAUUGUUAACACUGUCUGCACACCAGUCACGCCAUAACACUUGCAUUUCCCACAGAAAUCUCAACUUUUCAGUGAUGUUUCUGCUGCAAGGGAUUCUGGGUGGGCAUAUGCAAAUUAGUUCAACAAUGAAUCCGUUUUGCCUCAUUAUUCUAUUUUAAAGAUGGAGUCCUUGGAGUUUGUUUGCUGUAUACAACAACUUUGACACACAACUCAGGAAGAGAUGCAAAGCCAGUGAACCACUCAUGGACAGCUGCUUUGUUGUUAAUGCAACUAAUCAGCAUGAGGUUGGCUACUGGCUUGCUACGGAGGCCUGGCAUACUUGUUGAGCACAAACCAAGAGAGUUAUGGUGGGGAAAAAGUGAUUGGGAGUUUCAUUGAAAAUAGAAAAUAGGAAUUAUGGGAAAAAUCACAUGAACGCACAUGGAAUCUCCUAUAUGUACAUAUCACAUGGAUAUAUUAAAUAUGUUUUAAAAAUCCAACACUGUAAAGCUACUGUAAAUUCUGAUAUGCUUGUAUCUCAGAUGUAAAAUUUUGCACCUGAACAUUACAUUCAGAAUUGACAGACAUAAGUUUGGAUAUAUUUGACGUAUUGACACAAUGUUCACAUCCCUGAAACCGUAAUGAAUGACCCUGAAAAAUGUAUAUGUUGGAAAUCUAUUAAAUCAAAUACAGAUUCCAGUUUGCAAUCUUCACCCUACCUAAUGCAGCAUUUAAAGAUGUUUUUUCUACACAUCUUUUAUUAUUUAUCCAAUUAGGUUAUUCUAUACCGGCCUAGUUGGACACCCUUGAUACGUGCAAAUCUUAUUGAGAUGUUCUAUUAAAAUUAAAUUCCUAGUAAACAUAAAUCUUGUUUAACCCCUUAACGCCGGAGGGCGUACUAUUACGUCCUAUUUUAGGCGGCUCUAAACGCUGCCGGGCGUAAUAGUACGCCCUCCGUUUUUUUUUUUUUUUACUUACCCGGUAAGCCCAGGGAGCCCCCCGCGGCACGUCCGACCUCCUGCAGCCCCCCCAGCCAUGUGAGAGUGAGGUCCUUGCAAGGACCUCACAAUCACAUGGCUGGGUUAGCUGGCUGCUGUAUUGCCAGCCUGUAAUGACAGAUAGUCCCCCUGCUGGCUGAAUUCAAAUAAAGUUAAUAAAGUGUAAAAAAAAAAAAAUCACAUAUAUAUAUAUAUAUAUAUAUAUAUAUAUAUGAUCUAAGUAUAUACAUACACAUACAUACACUGUCUAGGUGUAUUUUACUAUUAAUAUAUAUAAUUAUAUAUAUAUAUAUAUAUAUAAUAUCAAAUUACACGUAGACUGAUACUGAUUAAAUAUAUAUUUAUAUCUAAUAUAAAAAAAUAAAUAUGUAAAUAUGUUAAAAAAUAAAAUUAAAAUAAUUAAAAAAUAUAUAGAUGUGUUAUUUUGUUCUAACUGUAUUGUGAUAUUAAUAUAUAUUUAUAUCAAAAUACACGUAGAACGAAAUAAUAUAUAUCUAUAUACAUAAAUAUAUACGUAUAUAUCACUAUAUAAAUACCUAUAUCUAAAUAAAAAUAUUUUAAAUUUUUAUAUAUAUAUAUAUAUAUAUAUAUAUAUAUAUAUAUAUAUAUAUAUAUUCUACAUAAAUAUUUAUGUAAUAUUUUUACAUAAUUAGGUAUCUUAAUUAAUUACAAUUAGCGGGACCUGCCUGACAAAUUGGUUAGGUUGCCUUUGAGACCCUAUGGUAGCCCAAGAAUUUAAAUUACCCCUAUGAUGGCAUACCAUUUGCAAAAGAAGACAACCCAAGGUAUUGCAAACGGGGUAUGUCCAGUCUUUUUUAGUAGCCACUUAGUCACAAACACUGGCCAAAAUUGGUGUUUUUUGCAUUUUUCACAAACAAAUAUUAACGCUAACUUUGGCCAGUGUUUAUGACCAAAUGGGUACUAAAAAAAGACUGGACAUACCCCAUUUGCAAUACCUUGGGAUGUCUACUAUUGCAAAUGGUAUGCCAUUAUGGGUGUAAAUUUCAUUCCUGGGCUACUAUACAGUCUCAAAGGCAACAUGACCUAUUUGGCGAAUUUCAGUUUCAAAUGUAACGUGCCCAAAACGCCAUAAAACCUGUACAUAGGGGGUACUGUUUUACACGUGAGACUUUGCUGAAUACAGAUAUGUGUAUUUUAUUGCAGUAAAAGCAAACAGUAUUAUGACAUUGACAGUAAAAAUGUCAUGUAGAACUAAAAAAAUAAAAAAUAAAUCUUGUUUUUUUCAUAUUAAAUUAUGUUUCACAGCUAAAUAUUUGAUAUUAAAUUAAAGCCCUGUUUCCCCUGAAUAAAAUGAUAUAAAAUAAGGGUGGGUGCAUUUACUAUGAAAGAGGUGAAUUACGGUUGGACAGACAUGUAGCGCAAAUGCCAGGUUUUGUUUACAUUUUGUUUUGUUCACAACGUGUACAUUUGGCUCCGUCCUUAAGGGGUUAAUCAUGUAAACUGUUUUUAGCAUUGCCGUAUCCAUACAAGGUAAAUGUUUACACGUUUCCUCUUGAUACAAUUCCCUAAUCGCUGCUCUCUGAACAGCUAUCACAACGCUCUGAUGAUAAAAAUAUUACAAAUUUCCAUUUUAUUUUUUUUCAAGCUGAAAACUUGGAUAAUGGGCUAGUGAUUAUAAGUCAAUAAUGGACCCCUUAGUUCUUUGAAUUACGUGUAAGACUGAUGCUUAAAAAAAACCUCUUUUUUUUUUUUAAAUAUAGAAUCUUGUAUCAUUCCCCUUCAAAUCCCCAUCUCCAAUUCCAAAUAUCUCCCCCUUUUUGGGAAAAAACUGCAAAGAAGCCCUUGGGUCCAUUACGUCCAUUAACCAUUAUGCUUAAUUACUAUUUCUUAUUCUGCCAUUAAUUAACCAAAAUGUUUUACUCCUAAUGCUUAUGAGGUUAAUAGAUGAGGGUUUUUUUGUUUUUGUUUUUUGUUUUUUAUUACUGAACGUGCCUCAUUCUUUAGAAUGAGCACACUUUAGAAGCAAAAUUUGGUUUUGGUACUUCAAUGUUUUAAGCGAGCAUGAUGCUGUUAUAAAGAAAACGGUACUUUGAUUAAAAAUGCCAAUUUUCAAUCAAGCGUUACUCAUUCACCUCUCAUAAUGUUCCCACUCUAUAAAAUUGUAUGGGCUAGGCAACCAAUCUGCAUCUUUCAAUUGCUGCUGUUCAGCAAUUGCAGCAUUUAAAAGGUUAAACAUGUAAGAGAUUCUUGCGUAGGGAGAACGGGGGAGGGAGAUGACUAGAAAAGGACUGUCUGCUCCCAACUAUUGGUUAGAUUUCCUCUUAUUGUGAAGUAGCUUAAAUCAGCUUGACUACAAAAACCUGCAUUCCCUGUUGCUGGCUCACAAUGCUGGCUAGAUUAUCAGCUUCUCUGACCGUCCCCUGGAUCCAUAUAACUGAUGCCUAGACUGUUCCUAUUUAAAUGGGAAAGAAAGGGAAUCUGAGACAUUUGAGGCUCACGGUGCACCUAUUUUUCUUUCUGUAAAGAUUUCUUUUCUGGAAUAGAAGAAGCCCUCAAUAAUUUAAUUUAUUAGAUGCUUGUGGUUAUGCAGCUGUGAUUAAUUUAUUCUCUUUUAUACGGUUCAUUCCGAAAGCAAAACGGACGUAUACAUUUUUAAUUAAUUUUUCUUUUUUCAUUUAUCGCACCAUUGUUAAAUAAUACAAGCUGAGCUUGUUUGAUUUUGACUGUCUAAAAUGCCAUCACGGGAGUACAAUCUUAAGACUCAUAAAUGCACAGUUCACGCCAAAAAGCACGAACACCAACAGCACGAUCUGUUGGUCACUGCGCUAGGGAUGAAACUGAACUCUAGUAAGGCGUCUACAACAAUCUGGCAACCUCUGAAACUCUUUGCUUAUUCACAGUUGACAUCACUCGUAAGACGAGCAACGUUAAAGGAGAACGAACAGGCUCCCAAGUAUGAAAAAGUUCAUAAUUUUAAGGUAAGAUUUCAUUUUCCUCUUUAUCUCUCAUUAUUAACUUAUACAGUUUUUUUGUUGUUUUUUUUUCUCUCUUUGUAUUUGGCACAGAAACACGUAAAUUGAAUGUACACAAUAGAAGUAUGCAGUAGGUUCAAUGCACUUUUCCUGUUUACACCACACACUGUCAUUACUAUAUAUAUACGUGUGUGUGUCUGUGUGUCUGUGUCUUUCCGUGUAUAGUUUUUGUCCUGUAUUAAAACUAUUGCUGAGAUAACAUAACGGCUACUUUAUCUUGCGGCCCUUCUUAUUCAAAGCACACGAAGUCUCGUUGACACAAGAAUAAAUCCAAAACAGGACACGUGAAAAAAACAACAUAGACAGAUUUUGAACACUGUGUUAUGCUAAAAACAUACAUAUCUUUGUUAUAAGCUGGGCAGAAAUAUUCUCAAACAAAAGCAUAAAAAUGUUCCUGCACAACACACUUUAAUAUUUUUCUUAACUACAUUUUGUCUCCAAGGUUAUGCCAACGAUAGUGUAGGCCUUAUCCAACACACACAAAGCCACUUUCUGUUGAUGAAGGUUCCACUCUUGAUAAAUUAUGAUGGAAUGUUUGCUUUUCCCUUUAUGUUACAUAUGGUAAAGCGUUUGAUAAUUUGUUAACUGAUUACAUAAAAAUCCUUAAUCCUAAUUUCAAAGACCCAUAAAUCAGAUUAAACACCUAGGUUCACAUAUCUGUUAACAUUGUUGGACUUGUGAUGUAAGGUUUAUUUAAACUGGGGAAUAUGUUGAGAAUUGCAAAUUGUUUGGCACAAUAACCCAGUUGGAGAAUGGUUCUAAAUCUGCUGCUUUGGCUAAAACUUUUGAAAUAGAAGGAAAAUUCCUGGAGUUUAGACGCUAACCCUGCAAGUUUGAUGUCCGUCCCAUUGGAGUUAAAGGGACUCUGCAGUCUUCCAUAUAUAAUCUCUGCAACCUGUAGCAGUUUUUUUCCAUCCAAUAAUAUAAAUAUGGUGUAGUCUCUCUGACCCUUCCUCUGAAUCUGCAGCUUUUCCCAUUUUUUUCCCUUUUUGAUGCAAUAGUACAGUUGUAUGUGAUGUCAUCAUGUACCGCUGUUUUAUCCUAAUUGGCAACAUAGCCUCCCCCAACCUUAGAGACUUUUUACAGGUGCAACGUAUCUAUAUACAGUUAGUUUAAAGUGGGGGAAUUGGGGGCGGGGGGUCCUUUAUUACCUGUAUAGCUAAUUUAUUUAUUUUUGUGUUUUUUUUAAAACGUUUUUUUAACGUCUCUAGUUAAUUGCAAAAGAAUAGUCUUUGCAGUCUGCAACUUUUAGUAGAAAGCUAACAGGUGAACUACAUAUAACAAAAAUAAAUUCUGCGCAUGGAGCUCCUGAACUGGCUAAAGGUGUCAGCCUCUGCAAAAACAGUAGCUCUUGGUAAUUUGCAGCAAACAUUUUGACAGAAUACAUACAUUGAGGGUUAAGAGCCUGAAGUGUCCCUUUAAGUCUGGCACAUAAUGCUUGUUAUUGAUUUAGUAUGAUGCCUUCACAAACCAAUUUUUUAUUUAGUCAUGUGCAAAUAAUGAAUCAUUUCAAUUGCACAAGCCCAAUCUCCCACAUACAGCCCCCACUGCAAUAAUGACUGUGGGUCAAUAUAUUUCCAAGCACACUAUUCAGAGUAAGCAUAUGUGUUUCUGUGCAGAUAGGCCAGAUGGCCUAAUUUCAUUUAGCUUUUCUCUGGGAAUAAUUAAGUGGCCUCACUAGCUAACAAGUGUCUAUUAUGGAGGAAGCCGAAACUAGCCUUAACCUCUAUUUAAAGUGAUGUGUAUUGUAUUGGGUGCACGUUAGAAUUUUGUCUUCAGAUAAUAAUUAGCUGUGGCAUACACUUUGACUGCUAGGCAUAUUAAAAAGAAGAAUGAAUGAAUUCAGUAUUACAUUUAUUUGCAUAGAGAUGUUUUAUAUGCAAAAUGACAGCUUGGGGGUUCCAACCAUCCUUCACGAUGUAUUAGUUACCGUGCAACCUCUCGAGUGCGCGUCAUUCUCUUGAAUCCCACCACUAACGUUCUCCACAAGACAGCUGUCACCAUAUAUACGACAUAAAACUCUCUGUGGGCCAUGACACAUGUUGGCUCUAUAAUCAUAAACCAAUUUUUAGAUAAUGUAUGCAGUCAUUUUCGGAAUGGCAUUUGUAAUAUAAAAUUGUCAGACUUGCACAAAGCUGACAGAAUAAUCACUCAAUUGCCGCCAUAUAUCCCAAUUUACGAAGCUGCCAUGAUAUGUAAUUUGAAGUUGGCCUAGGCCUUGACUGCUGUGGCAGACUUGGAAUAAGGGAAGUUUGAUAUUCCUUGUUGGCAAGACAUUUAUCAGAGCCAGUUGUUUUUUUUCUUUUUUUUAUUACAUCAGUUAGCAGAGUCUUAAUGGACUCUGUAAUAUGACAAACAAUAUAACAGGCAGACCGUAAUACUGCAGGAAAUGUGGCCUCCAUGCUGCUAGCCUUUUUUUUUUUUCUCAAUUCUUUAUUUUUGCAGUGCAUUUAGUUAACACAGCGUGCAUGUGGUACCCCAACGGCAAUCCACAUGCUUUUCAACAAUAUUUGCAACAGUAGGGUACAUGUUAAAUCUUGCAUUAUUUUAUUUUAAUCUAAGAUUUAGCUAGUUCAGUCCUGUUUCAAUUUUCUAAUAUAUAUUUGCAAGAACACUGGUGAGACAUGAGAGUAACAUUGGUAGGGUAAUUGUCACGCAUAGCAUAUAUAUAUCCUCUUACUGCUAUGAGGUGGAUGCUCAAUGUACUUAGUCAUGGUAUAGUAAGGGGUACCGUGAGCAGGAGCUGACUGGUUCGAUCUGUCUAGGUAUCUGUCUGUACCAGUCGGGUGUGGGCAUAGGUCGUCUGAUCGGUAUGUGAGUGGCCUAGUUGGUGCAGGGAUGUAUUGGCAACGUUGGGUGAGUAUUGUGGUGGAGAUAGGGCAACCUCUCUGGGUGUCGUCCGGGAGUCAACCCGAUCUUCUGGGUUCAGGUCGUGGCCCUAGCUCGGGGGGCUGAAGCUGUGUCCCUGGGUAUAAAGUCACGGGUGGCCGCAGGAUCCCAGCCAUGAGGGUUUGUCGGGCCCAGCGAAUCCGGGGGGAGGCCCAGUGCCUGCAGGUGGUGUGUUGCGUCUGGCAGGUCUCGUAUGGUAAUGGUGGUUUCACCGCUUUUGAUCAGCAGCGUCCGAGCCUGGCUCCAUCGGUAGCUGAUAGUUUUCUUGCGUAGGAGGGAGGUUAGAGGUCGGAGUGACCGUCGCCAGGCGAGGGUUCCCCCGGAGAGAUCCGCAAAGAAGGUUAUGGACAUCCCUUCAAAGUUGUAUGGUGUUUGCCCUCUGAUGGCUGUCAUCACGGCUGCUUUGUCCCUGAGACCCUGGAAUUGCAUCACUAGGUCGCCUGAGGCUGUGGGUGAUGCCUUGGCUGGUUUUGGAAGUCGGAAUAUGCCUUCCAGAGGCACUGCCCUAGCCUGUUUUGGUGUGAGUAUAGCUGCUAGGAGUCGUCUAGCAAAAUGGGGGAGUUCCUCAGGUGGAACUGUCUCGGAGACUCCUCUGAGUUUUAUGUUCUUCUGUCUCCGCUUGUCUUCUAGGGUGUCGAAUCUGCCUUCAUAGGCAGUGCCCUGUUGUGUGAGCUCUUCCACCCUUUUUUCCAGCUCUUUAAUUUGUUGUGUAUGGUUUUGUGUUUUGUGUUCUACCUCACCGAGGCGGCCCGUCAGGCCUCGCAGAUCCUCCCGAAUCAAGGCCACGUCCGCCGAGAUUUUCAGUUGGAGGUCCGCCAUGAUCUCCCUGAUGGCCGUUAGUGUCACCGGGCCGGUGUCGGGUGUCCGGUGCAGGGGUGCCGCUCGUUCUGCCGGUUGCCGCACCAUUGCUGGCGUGAGGCUUCCCUCUUCUUCCUCCGAAGCCCCGUCGGAGAAGUCAGAGCAUCCUCCAAGGAGGGACGCCAUCUUACUCUCUUGGGCGCCAUGUGCCUGCCGCCAGAGGUCUCCGAUGCUGUGUCCCUGCCGAGGUCGGUCGGGCUUUAGUUUUUUGGUUUUCUUGCCCAUGAGGUAUACAGUGGGGGUUACUUGGGUGUUGUUUGGUUGCGGGUCACCUCUAUUUUUAGGGUUUUGUCCGUAGUUUAGCCGGAGCUCAGAGGCCAUGCGACUGUUCGCUUCUGUGGUUAGGCCACGCCCCCCCGCUGCUAGCCUUUUUAUCUAGCGCUUUUUAGUUUAUAACUAUUUUACCUGGUUGUUCCUAGUGUAGAAAUGUCAAAACUAUAAAGGUAUUUUUGGGAACUCUCCCCUGGGCGUGCUUUUAGGACAUCCCUUAAAUAAACAGUCUGCUGCUUCUUUGAGAAUAUUGCAAACACUCGCGCAACAGUAUGAUUAAAUGAGUAGAUUCAUUUGGUGUGGUCCUGAAAGUGGUUAGAACUGUGAAAAUCAAGAUUGCAGCGGACAUAGCAUUGAUAUAGCUGAUUUCAUAAGGGACUGUUUGAGGUUGCCCCUCCAACAGCGCCACAACAUGGCCGUCGGCUUCCAGAGCUUCAACAUAUCAGCCCAGGCCAGGACUACAAUUAGAUUGCCAUGCCGAAAACAAAAACACAUAGUGCCACUUCAUGUCAUUGUGAGAUUUUAUGUUGCCAUGAGUGUGUGUACAUUUUCAUAAAUAAAUUAUGCAAGUUUUGGAACAGGCUUGUAGUAUUCAUCCAGACCCUAGGCGACUGUAUUACUAGAUGUUUAUUGUUGCGUUGCAGCUUUUCUGAGUGCAGUGGAGACUCCCUCACAGUGGGAAAUUUAAUGAAAGUGUUUUUUUAUUAUUAUUAUUUAUAUUGCAAUCCAAUCUUCCAACGGUAGAAUGGGUCGCCAAGUCCAUUACAUUAGAACCAUUGCACGAAGUAUUAUGGGAUACCAUGACUAGCAUUAUAUGAAAGAACAUACCCGGGCGCAGUGAAGUGGAUUGAGACAUCCGCUAACUAUAGAGUAUAAUCUCUAGCAAUUUAAUUCCAUAAAGCCAACCAUGUCAUCUUCACAUUUGUGCUUGACAGGUCCUCUUAAAGCACUUACUGCCUGUUGAUACCGCUUCUUGAUAUGCCAAUGUCUAACAAUAGGAUUAAAAUAAGCAUAAAAAAUAAACCUGUUUCUAUUAACAGAUUAUUAUACUGGGAACCAAGAUCGCACUGGAUUAUGUCACAGGGAUCUAUAUAUUUUGGCAGAUGAAAAGUCACCUUCUGUCGUCUAAACCCUGCUUAUUCUUAAGUUUUUUUUAUUCAUCCCAAGACAUUGUCUUCAGUUCAUUGUUAGUGUGUCAUCUUUUACAAUUGUGACAGCCAGGGCUUCAGUAAAGCAAUGAAUACCAAUACAGUUCUGGCCCCUCUCUGAGAAAACAGAUUAAAAAUAUGCUGAUCGUUGACAUACAAGGUCAUAGACCAUAAAUAUAUACUGUAUAAUCACAUUUUCUUCUGUUUUAUCCUUCCUGGUAUGAAUAGAUUUUUAUUGCACCUUUACACACACAUCUGGAAGAAUCAAUGCUCAUUUGUUCCAUACACGAGAGAUAUGUAGACAGACAGAGGCCUCCAUCAUGCGUUGUGAGAUGAAUAACCUGUUCUCUAACUACUUUAUUCCCUGACUUGCUGACAUGUCAUUACCAUGAAAGACUUGUUUGUAGUUUCUCGUAUAUAUAUUAAUAUAUAUACUUUACCCAGCUUGUCGUAAUCUAUAUAUCUGUGUCUGUUCUUAAUAUAAUAAAAUUAUUAUUUUUUUUUUAAAUAACUUUACGUUUGUAGCAUAACAGCCUUUGACAAUUAUUUAAUCAAGAUAACACUUUAUUCACAAUAACAAAAAGCUGCAAUACAAGUAACAACACUGUGUUUAUGUAUUAAAUGUGAGUUCUUACAUUUGUUCAAUUAAUUUAAUCAUCUGAUGUCAUUAAAUCCAGAAAGCAUUAUAGAAUUGUGAAUUAAUAGCCUGUUUCUCCCAACCUGUAGGUACACACAUUCAGGGGUCCUCAUUGGUGUGAAUACUGUGCAAACUUUAUGUGGGGACUGAUCGCUCAGGGUGUGAAGUGUGCAGGUAUGUACCGAUCCCUUAUAUAUCCUUAAAUGCAUUAAUGUGUUUCAGUUUGUUGAAGCGGAAUGUUGCCUAUUUAAAUGAUGCUUUUUAAACAACACAUGUCUGAUUCUCGUAGGAAUGCUAUUCUUUAGACCUCAUCAACUGAAAAUGGGGCUCUAUAGAAUGAAAGAGGUUUUUGCUUUGUGUACUCAUCCACCUUGUUAAUUCUUGGCUCAUUCUGAGUAUGACACGUGCAUCAUUGUUUGUUUAUAAAUAUUCACUUUUAAUUAUCGCAAUUAGCAUUCUAGACUAAUAGGGGACAUAAUUUAAAGUUGUUGGUGAAGAUGGAUUUGUUAUGAAAAUGAACCAUACUGGAAUAGUUGUCUUUCCCAGCUAGAUACUUGGAUAGUAGAUACUUGGGACAGCCUUCCAGCAGAUGUGGUAAAUGUGAAAUAAAUUAAGAACGUGUUUAAAAAACAUAAAUCAAACAAACAUGCAAACUAGAUAGAUUAACUGGUUCAACAAAAUCAGUGUAGCUAGCUUUCAGGCUUUUCUGCAUUGUUUAGUGUGGAGCUAUCCUCCCUAGCACCCAUGACAACUUGCCGUGUCAGGAUGUUUAGGAGCAUAUCCUAAACCAUUUUUUGAUCUGUUGAUGAAUAAUGGUGAAUAGGAUUAAGCAUGCAGGGAUUUCAUGGGGAGGAGGAAAUUGAUGGAUCUCAUGGCAAAAUUACUGUAAGUUUUUUAGUUGAAUACAUUUUGGAUAUGAAUAUACUUAAAGCCUGUUCACAAAAAAUACCAAUGGCUCGGGUUAAUGCGGAAAUAAUUGUAGAAUAGAAAGUCUGAUAAUCAUCACAUUGAGUAUUCCACACAGAAUUCAAACAGACUUUUGAUGCAAACUCAAGGAUUUGUUUCAUGAUUAUUAUCAAAGUUUGAAAAUAUUGCAUUCUAUCUCUGUACAUUCCAACCUCAAAAUAACAGGUUUGAUCUCCAUAAACAAUGAAUUCAAAUCAUUGUUUAGAGCUUGCAGGAAAUGAAACAUUCACCUUGACGGGAUUAUGCAUCAUUUGAAUUCGGCAUUUUCUUUGUAUGGGUGUUUUUUUUUCUGACUCUUGAUGUGUGAAAUAGUUAAUAGAGCUCCAUAGCGUAACCACAGCUCUGACCUUUAAGAAUCCAGGCAGAAUGUGAGCUAUGCUCUAAGAAAAUGACUGUUUCUAAUGAAUUGGAGAAUUUGGGUACAAUGGGUAAUUCGGGCAUCUGUCACCAGUUUAACUGCAGGGGGCCCAGGGCAGAAGAUCGGUGUGCAAAGAAACAGAAGGACUUACUUUAUGUUUAUAUGCUCAUUAAAUUGUUUCUAAAGUUAACUAAGAAAUUUUAUAUUAUUCAUACCCAAAAGUCCCUUUAUAAAUCUAUACUUUGUCAAAACACUAUGACUUUUAUUCAUAUAUUUUGUAAGUUUGUUUGAGCAGUGCCUCUUCACCUCUCUGUUAUAUCCUGUAUGUAAAUUACUUGUAUAUCCCCAUUUUAUAAUUGUAAUGCGCUGUGGAAUAUAUUGGCACUAUAUAAAUGAUAAUUAAACACCAGAUUGUAGUAAAGUAAAAACUGAUAUGUUGUUAUUUGCAUGAAUAUAGUACCAAUGUAUUCUGCAGCGCUAUAUUGCAGCUUUACAAUUCUAGAUAAGGGAAAUUUAGAGGUGAAGACAGCCCUGCUCAAAAGAGCUUACAGUCUAUGACGGUUUGAGAUAGACUGAUCUAUAUCGUUAGGUGUCUUUCUCAAGGAUAGUUACUAGCCAGGGGCUCCUAAAAAGCCGUUUUUUUAGCUCUGCUGAGCGAAGUCCUGCAGUGCAGAACUUAGCCCAUAGGCUGAGAGUUUCAGCUGACAGAUAACCAUCUCUGUACUUUAGCCUCAACAUACCAGUAGACCAUGUCACAGAAUGUAAAGAAUCCCAAAUAUAAGAUGCUGGUUUUAAUUGCUUUAUGAGUUACCUUGAGUUUAAUUAAAAGAUCAAAUUGCUCUCCAUUUCUUUGACAUUUUUAAGAGGAGUAGAUAACUGAUUACAAGAUCGCUCAUCACUCAUGCCAUGGAAAAGUUGCUCUUUAAAACCAUCUGAAGAAUGCUGUUUUCCUUUGUUUGAAAUGUUAAGUGUCUGUAAUGAUAUGUUGUCUUAAAAAUCUUUCAGUCUUCACCUCUGUGACAGGCACUAUGUGACAGUUCUUGUCCAUUUAACAAGCAAUGCUGUUCAUGCUUCUGCAGUAUCCAUUAACUGCUGAAGAACACUGGGGUAUUUGUCUGUGUAUUUUACCCCAUUAAUGCAUUCCCAAUGUUUAUACAACUCCAAGCUAUUCAGACUAUUUUGUUUUUUUUGUUUUGUUUUAAAGUGGUCAGCUAUGUGAACAGAUUUGCAAAACCUCACUUACUCUUACCUAAAAAAAUAAAAUGCGACUAGCAUUUAUAUUACAAUCAAAAGCUCUCUUAGUUUUAGGGUAAUAGAUAUAAAUUGAAAUAUGCCAGAUUGCCAGUGUUAUUCCAUUUUUAAUUGCAAAUUGUUGGUUUAUAACAUUUUAUUUUUGUUCAUUAGUUUAUACAAUUCAGACAUGUCUUGGUCACAAAACAACUUGGCUAUAUUAAAUUUAUAUUAAAAGAAAAAUGACAUCUGCUCAUUAGUUUGCUAUUUUCUUUAAAGAAUUGAAACUUCCAAUGACAGGAUAUUAAUUUCCUUUACUGUACCCCCUGUAUUGAACAUUUGAAAACCGUUAUAUUGUUUUAAAUUUCCUUUCCAGAUUGUGGAUUGAACGUACACAAGCAAUGUUCCAAGAUGGUUCCUAACGAUUGUAAGCCAGACUUGAAACACGUCAAAAAAGUCUACAGUUGUGACCUUACCACGCUAGUAAAAGCACACAACUCUAAACGGCCAAUGGUAGUCGACAUGUGCAUACGGGAAAUCGAAUCUAGAGGUAAGAGAUUUAUUUUGUUUUCAGCAAGUGUAAAUGGGGUCAAUGCUUAAACAGACACAGAAUCUGGGGAUUGUGUAAGUUGGGGGAGUUUAGGGAAAUGUGCAGCUCUUGAUAGGUGAAUCCUAUAGUUUACCUGCUAAUAUAAGAUGAAAGGCAUUACACAUUAAUGGCUAAAUUUGUAGCAGAAUCUGUCUUUGUUGUUUAAAUCAUUUAUUGUAAGUCAACGCUCUUCUUAUUAAAGUGGAUGUUAGUAAAAUAAAACUGUUUGUUCCUCAACAGGUCUUCAGUCAGAAGGAUUGUACAGAAUAUCAGGUUUUACUGAUCUCAUUGAGGAUGCCAAAAUGUCCUUUGAUAGAGGUAAUAUACAAGUCAUCUCUCUCUUCUUUUACUCAGUGGUUGUGGUUAGAAUUAAGAUAAGUUAGAGAAAUAAUGUACCAAUUUUUAUAAAUAGGAUGUGAAUGACUGUCUAGUGGUUCCUAACUGAAUAAUAUAGGAUUCUAGAAAAAUAUCGUAGAGGGAAAGAGACAAAUCUAGCUGUUUUAAAGGGUAUACAUUUCAAGAUUCUUUGACUUCUUAAGACUUAAGAUUUUAGUUGCAUUUAGCUACAGUUUUUAGCUUUUGGAAGCAGAAGUGUAUAUAUUUUAGGUAUCUACUUGCUGUUAAAAUUAGGGAAACUUUAUUUUAUUUUCAGAUUAUUUUUUUUUCCCCAUACCCUAGUCCUAUCCAAACUAAUUAAUUUGUGGUUGGGAGGACAUGAGUUUGUCUUUUCCUAGUUGGCAGCCAAAGAUUGCACCAAAUUAUCUUGAGUGGUAAUUCCACUUUCUCCGGAUUUGUUAAUUCACUAAUGUAUAAUUGCUAGUCUUCGUAUGAUGUUUUUAUUACAAUCAAAAUGUAUUUCUUCAUAUAUUCCUACUGGUUAUAUGGAUCAGUAAAAACAAAUGUGAUUUUAUAAAUGUUGAGAAUGUAUAUAUUUUUCUUCUCCUUAUAAUAUUGAUGAUGCUAAUUGUAUCCUUUAAGUGACCCAGUUUACUGAGAACUUUGUGAUUGUGUUACGUAUUUACUUCUUUUUUUUAUUUCGUUAUUUUUAGAUUUGUUUAGUUAUAUUUUCCUUGUCACAGCUAUGCAGGAAUUUGUUUCCGUGUCAGAUAAUGGAGGCUCUGAAGUGAAAUUUUCCGUAGUAAAAAUAGUUUUUUGCUGUUGUAGAUGGAGAAAAGGCUGAUAUUUCAGUGAAUGUAUAUGAAGACAUCAACAUUAUAACCGGUGCACUGAAACUGUACUUCAGAGAACUCCCAAUCCCACUUAUCACCUAUGAUGCUUAUCCCAAAUUUCUAGAUUCUGCAAGUAAGUACAUGUCCACUGUGAUAAUACAUAUCCCACCUAUCUAUCUAUCUAUCUAUCUAUAUAGUUUCUUUGAAGCUCUUGCACUCCAACUUAAAAAAUAUUCUGUACCUGGUGCUCUGGUGACAUAGGAAAUAUAGUAGAACCAAAAUACCGGCACUCCAAGGUUUUAAGUUUAUCUUUUUUUUUUUUUUUCAAUGGUCGACGUUUCAGCCCCUGAUGAAAGCUCCGUUUAGGGGCUGAAACGUUGACCAUAGGAAAAAAAAAGAUUGAAAAACUUAAAACUUUGGAGUGUCAGUAUUUCUGUUCUACUACAUAUAUAUAUAUUCGUCCUUUAAUUUAGUUAUAGGAACAAUCUUUAUUAUAAGUUUCUGUCAUUGCUCCUGGAUGAAAUUAGCUGUAGGUCCUGAUCACUCUAGGAGAUCUGUAAAAUAAAUGUGUGUAUAUAUAUAUAUAUAUUUAUUUUUAGCAUAGUCUAACCUGUGUGGUUUCUCAGUAAAAGAGUAGACUUUGAUGCAGUAUAUCUGUCUAUAGGUGGUUUGUGUUUUUUUAUUUAUUUUUUUCCUUUUCAUACUUUCCUUAUGACAACCUGGAUGUAUAUACAGUACUGCCAUUUUGAUGUGUGUAUUCUGUGCCCCUUACAGAUUUUACUUUCUUAUUACAGAGGCUGUGGACCCUGACACACAGUUAGAGACCCUGCAUGAAGCCUUAAAGCUGCUUCCCCCUGCACACUGUGAAACACUAAGAUAUCUCAUGGGCCAUUUAAAAAGGUAGAGUUAUUUGUUCUCACAAGGAAGUAUAUUUUAACAAGAUGUAGUUUUAAGCAACUUGAUUGUGGUAAGGAUAUGCAUUACAUGAAUGACCUGGAUGCCAGGUAGCGAUACUUGUUUAAUUGUUAACAUUUUACGCCUAGACAACUUUAGACUACUGAAAGAGAAAAAGAACUAGAGGUGUAAAAGAUUUCCAAGAUUUUAUAGAAUUAUACAACUGGCCACUCCUUGACUAUGCAGAGCUAAAGAUGUGCUGUAUGUGAUUAGGGUUCUCUAGAACUUAUAGUCCUAUUAUAGUUGUAAUAUGUUUAUCAGGACAUAGUGACUGAGUUUCUUAUGAAGAUCCAGCUUUAAAAAAAUAAAUAAACUAGCAUCACAUCAGAGGGAAACACAAAUGUAUGUACAUAACUCAUUAAACACAAGCGUAAUAAGCUUCCAGGCAAGCUGAGAAUUCCGCAUUAGCUGGGCUAAAGAAGGACUUUGGCUUAGCUACACACAGUAAAACAUUUCCUUGGAUUAAUGUCACAAAUAUGUAUCGUGCUUCAGGGACUGUUUUGCAUAUUUGACAUGGAAUGCCCUACAAAUAACCCUCUGUUCAGUUUAAGAACGUAAAUAAUGAGAGAUCAUUUUGUACUCCCUGCAGAGUGACUCUUCAUGAGAAGGAUAACUUAAUGAAUGCAGAAAACCUUGGCAUAGUGUUUGGACCAACUCUCAUGCGGGCACCAGAACAAGACGCCAUGGCGGCAUUAAACGACAUCCGUUAUCAGAGACUGGUAGUGGAAAUGCUUAUCAAAAAUGAGGACAUUUUGUUUUGAAGGAGAAUGAAAAGGUCAACUGCAUUUCCCAUAGGAAGGAUCUUCCACACACAAAAAAGUGAAGUUUUUAGCAGCCUCAUUAAUUCCUUAGUGCUUUUUUGUGUACAAAGAACAGAAAAAAAGAAAUGAAGGAAUUUAAUACAGUUUCAACUGUGGCCAUCGUCUGCUAAUGUAAAAGCAGUAAGACUGGCUAAUCUGUACAGUUACUGCUUAUUGUUUACAGUGUGACAAAAAGUCAAUUAUUGCAUGAGUGUCCCCGUUUUUGUCGGGGGUAUCCUGAAAAAUAUAAUCUAUUGAAGCCUUUUCCUUUUUCAACGGGUCGUGAUUGUAAAUUAGCAUGUUUUUCCCUGGUGUAAGAAUAUUGUGAUUUGGAUUUUAUGUUCAACAUAAUUGGAUUAUGUUAAUGAGCUGAGCUCGUGAAACAGUUGCUCUGCUUAAUGCCUUUUUAUAUCUCACUUUCUUCUCAUUUAUUUGUAUUUUUUUUUCUUGCACUGUUUUCAGAUUAUUUGCUAAAUUUGUUUGAUACAAAUUCCAUGCAUUUCUGUUUUAAUGUUUUACCGAUGUAUUUUUGUAAGGUGGUUGCGGUUAAAUCUGCAGCAUUGAGUUUUUUUAUUGUAAUGUAAUGUUUGAUUUGGCAUGCACAAAUUAAUUUAUUAAAUCUAGGUUUUAGAAAACUUG